AACACCGCGGUCGUACAUACAAACCGACGUCGCUACUACGUUUGUCGUAAGAGUGCCCGUCUAAUAAGCGGUUCACUCCGCUCCUUGGAGUGAAGGUGCAGUGCUGUGAUAGUGUUUCUUUAGCUAUACAAUCAAAAGUGUAUUGCCAUAAAGUAUUGCUGUCAACGGUGUGUGGCAAGUUCCACGGAGUUGUCUAACGGCUGUUCGCCUGCGAGGGAAGGCGGAUCGCUUCUACCGGGAGGAAUGAGCCCCGUAUACCACCGGUCCCGCACUCACCGAUGAUCUCAAGAGACCAUGCAUAUAGACACCUUACCGCUUGUGGUUUGGACGCUCCUAAUAACAACGACACAUGUAGCGACACAAAGCCAGUAUGGAAUAGGUUUAGGAAUAAAACGAGAAGUAUUUUUCUUAAAUUUAGAAGACGGCUAUUUUGGCUGUCAAGUAAACGAAUCAACACAAAUAUUACAAUUAUAUGAAUUAUCUAAAUUAUGCGACGGUGUGCCGGAUUGUUAUAAGGCCUCCGACGAACUCAAGUCAGAAUUAAAAUGUACAGAUGAUUGUACCAAAGAAGAUGGGGCGCAGUGUAUAAAUGGUGCUUGUCUUAAUGGUGUGUGCCAUUGUAAUGAUGGUUUCGGUGGUUGUAACUGUCAGGAAGCAGAUAUAAAUGAAUGCAAAGACAGGCCGUGUGACGUAUUUGCUCACUGUACAAAUACAGUCGGUAGCUUUCAAUGCUCAUGUUUCCCUGGCUAUGAAGGCGAUGGUUUCACUUGUAAAGAUAUAAAUGAGUGUGAAGAUCCAGCAAUAGCAUCACGCUGCGUACAAAACGCCGAAUGCUGCAACCUUCCUGCUCAUUUUAUUUGCAAAUGUAAUCGAGGUUUUGAAGGUGACGGCGAAGAAGAGUGUAGAGAUAUCGACGAAUGUCGACGACCUGGCGCUUGUGGUGUUAACGCUGUUUGUCAGAAUUAUCCAGGAAACUACACAUGCGAGUGUCAAUUAGGAUAUACUGGAAAUGGUUUUGAUGGCUGUAUCGACGUGGAUGAGUGCGCGAGCGGCGAUGUCUGUGGCUCUGGAGCAAUAUGCCGAAAUGUUGAGGGUGGUUUCGAAUGCAGUUGCCCACCUGGUUACGAGGGUGACCCUCGCAUUGCUUGCCACGACCAUGACGAGUGCUCACGAGCUGCUUGUGGCCGCAAUGCUCUCUGCGAAAACCAUCCAGGCGCCUAUCGCUGUGUUUGUCCUCCUGGUUUUGAAGGCGAUCCCGAGGACGAGUGUAUUGACUUGGAUGAAUGUAAGAGUAGCGAGACAGUGUGCAGCGUACAUGCAGUGUGUACUAACACACUUGGCAGCUUUGUGUGUGCGUGCGAACCCGAAUACACAGGAGAUGCGCGCGCGCCUGAGGGUUGCCGUGAUGUCAAUGAGUGUGAAACACUGGAGCGGCCUUGCGGUACACAUGCAAUUUGCGAGAAUGCUGCGCCUGGUUACAAUUGUAUCUGUCCUCAAGGAUAUAGAGCUAAACCGGAUCCACAGAUUGCUUGCGAGCAGGUUGAUGUAAAUACAUUAUGUACUUCGAACUUUGAUUGCACCAAUAAUGCGGAAUGUAUUGAUAACCAGUGCUUUUGUAAAGAGGGAUUCGAUUCCAAGGGAUCUAUUUGCGUCGAUAUCGAUGAAUGUAACAGCAAUAUAACUAUUUGUGGGGAAAAUGCCCUAUGUGUAAAUACUCCUGGUGGUUACAACUGUGAAUGUGGUAUUGGUUUUAUUGGUUCUCCUCCUAAAAUAACAUGUCGUGCUCCUUGUGAAGAUGUUAAAUGUGGCGAGCAUGCCUAUUGUAAACCAGAUGGUUCUGAAGCUUAUUGUGUUUGCGAAGAUGGUUGGACAUUUGAUCCAAAUGAUAUAGCAGCUGGAUGCAUCGAUAUCAAUGAAUGUGAUACUUCAAUCGGACCUGUUGGUCGUUGUGGAACUAACGCAUAUUGUUCUAAUACAUUAGGGAGUUUUAUUUGUUACUGUCCAGAAGGAUAUAGUGGUGAUGCUUAUAAACAAUGCUCAGAUAUUAAUGAGUGCGAAGUAGAUAGUGUUUGUGGUGUUGGCGCAGACUGUAUUAACAAAGAUGGAUCUUUUAUGUGUGAAUGUCCUGAUAAUACAUUACCUGACCCUGAUCCUAAAAUACGUUGUGCAGAAAUUUUAACAUGCAAAAAUGAUAAUGAUUGCCCCGGAAAUGCCUUAUGUGAUGCAAAUUCAAGAUGUUUAUGUCCAGAACCAAAUGUAGGAAAUGAAUGUCGACAUCCUUGUGAAACCCUUCAAUGUGGAAGCAAUUCAGAAUGUUUGCUAAACGAUCAGACAGCGCUAUGUACAUGUCGAAGUGGAUACACAGGCGACCCAUCCUCUAGUGGUUGUCAAGAUAUCGAUGAAUGUAAAGUAAAUCCUUGUGGUCCAGGAGCUGUGUGUAAAAAUUUACCAGGAAGAUUUCAAUGCGAAUGCCCCAGUACUUUUAACGGAGAUCCAUAUGUAGACGGCUGUGUACCUGGAAAGAUGCCAAGUGAAUGUAGUAACACCAAUCCGUGUCCUCAGGGUGAACAAUGUAUUUUACAUGAUGGCGAAAACGUUUGUAUUUGUUCUCAAGGUUUCACGCGCAGUAAAGAAACUGGGCUAUGUGAAGAUGUCAAUGAAUGUACGCAACACGGUCGUUCUCCUUGUGGAUUAAAUGCUAUUUGCAAAAAUUUACCUGGUAGCUAUGAAUGUAAAUGUCCUUCUGAUUAUAGUGGAAAUCCUUAUAAUUUAUGUGAUCUAUGCACUGAUAUAAGUUGUCAGUGUCAACCUCCAUAUAAAUUAGUUGAUGGAAAUUGUGUAUUAUCUGGUUGCACAAAAGACAAAAAAUGCGGGAAUGGAGCUGAAUGUAUUGUCAUAUCAGAUGGAGUAAGCUAUUGCGCUUGUCCUAUUGGAUAUUCUCAAACUUCUGAAGGCGCAUGCCAAGAUAUAAAUGAAUGUACUUCGGGCCAACCCGUUUGCGGGUUUGGUGCUGAGUGUAUUAAUACUGUUGGAUCAUAUAUAUGCAAAUGCCCCUCUGGAUAUAGUAAAGACACGGUAUCUGGCCAUUGUACUUUAAAUCAAAAACGGUGCAUUUCUGAUUCUGAUUGUUUUCCUAAUGAAAAAUGUAUACAGCCUGGUAAAUGUGUCUGUCCUCCACCCUUCUAUCUCGAUGUCACUGAUGGACAGAAAUGCAAGAGUCCUUGUGAGCGAUUUACAUGUGGAAUCAAUGCUAAGUGUACUCCUAGUAAUCCACCGAGAUGUAUGUGCAUGAUUGGAUACGAAGGCGAUCCGUACACUGGUUGUACGAAUAGGAAUGAAUGCCAAAGUGCUCCAUGUGCAUAUGGUGCAAUAUGUCAUGACCAAAAGGGAGGAUAUCAGUGCGUUUGUCCACAAAAUAUGGUUGGAGAUCCUUAUAAGACAGGCUGUACUGUAGAGUUAGGACCAUCACAGAAACAGUUAUGUAGCAGUGACAAUGAAUGCCCUAAUAAUCUGGCCUGUUUGAAUCGCACAUGCGCAUCACCGUGCUCUAGUGUAUCAUGUGGAGCCAACGCUUUUUGUGAAGUAGAUAAUCAUGCUGCUUGGUGUCGUUGUAAUCCGGGAUAUACAAAACCCGAGGGCGGAAAAUGUAUUACAGGUUGUGAUACAUAUACAUGUGGAGCUGGUGCCCAAUGCAUAAUAUCAAAAACAGGCCCCACUUGUGUAUGUCCUGAGGGAAUGGUUGGCAAUCCGUUUCCUGGAGGUGCUUGUAGAAGAGAUGUUUGCGGACCGGGUAAUCCAUGUGAAGAACCAAUGACAUGCCUUGCGGGUCGUUGUCGACAGCGUUGUGAUGGUAUUGUUUGCGGCGUUGGAGCAUCUUGUGACGAAGAAAGUGGAAAAUGUAUUUGUAAUGCAUUCUUUAUUGGAAAUCCAGAUUUAUUAUGUAUGCCACCUAUAUCACCACCAGCGUGUGACCCGGAAUGUGGACAAAAUGCACAUUGUAUAUAUGGACAAACGAAUACAUGUAAAUGUAAUAAAGGGUAUACUGGAAAUCCUUAUUUAAAAUGUCUGCCUCGUAAACAAAUUACUUGUGCUAAAGCUACUUGUGGUAGCAACGCUGUCUGUCAACAAACUCGAUCACAUGUUGAAUGUUUAUGCCCCCCAGGUUAUAUUGGAAAUCCUAAUAUUCAAUGUACUGAUAUAGAUGAAUGUAGUUCUAAACCAUGUGCCGAAAAUGCCAUAUGCAUAAAUACUCCUGGUAGUUUUAGUUGUAUAUGCAAAAGCAGAUAUGUUGGUAAUCCUUAUGAAUUAUGUUCUCAAGUUUCUAUUUCCAAAUGUGUAGAAGGCAGCAUAUGUACUUGUUCACACAAUGCAACUUGUCCUAAUGGAUAUAUAUGUGAAAAGUCAAGGUGUGUAGACAUAUGUCGCAAAGUUAUGUGUGGCCCUAAAUCUCUCUGCGAAGAAGGAAUUUGUCAUUGUCUUCCUGGUCAUUCUGGCAAUCCAAAUGACUUGCAAAGAGGUUGUAUCCCUGAUAAUAUGUGUAUGGUGGAUGGCGAUUGCAAAGAUUCUGAAAUAUGUUUCCAAGUAGCUAAAAAUACCAGAAAAUGUGUAGAUUCAUGUAGUAAGUUACAAUGUGGACCAAAUUCUCUUUGUAUCGGAGCUAAUCAUCAGGCUCAUUGUAUUUGUGCAGAAGGUUACAUAGGACGACCUACGGAUAUUAAAACUGGAUGUCACUUAAAACAAAUGGAACCUAAUGAAGCAGAAUGUAAUGUAAAUAGUGACUGUGCUGAAUCAUUGAUUUGUGUGCCAGUAGAUGGAUCUAUAAAUAAAUGUUUAGAUUUGUGUUCGACAAUAGCUUGUAGUGCUAAUGAGUUAUGUCGAGUAGUGGAUAAUAGCGCACGUUGUGAGUGUAAAGAAGGAUUUUUAUGGAAUCCUAUGAGUUCUAAUUGUGAACAACCAUCAACGCCAAACUGUGAAGUGGAUAAUGAUUGCGAAGACAAUCAAUCUUGUCAAAAAGAUGUAUUAGGUGUAAAUAAAUGUAAAGAUAGUUGUUUACAGUUUACUUGUCCACAAAAUUCAAAAUGUAUAUCAAGAAACCAUAAAAGUCAAUGCGAAUGUUUGUCUGGGUAUAUAGGAAAUCCAAACGAUCGUGAUGGUUGCAUACCGUUAAAUAAGAAUGAAUGUAUAGACGACGCGCAAUGUAGAGAAAGUGAAAUGUGUAAAGUUGUAGGUAAUAUUAAUAAAUGCAUACCGGCGUGUCAUCAAUUGGUAUGUGGUCCAAAUGCUGUCUGUGUUACUAAUAACCAUGUUGCUAAAUGCCAAUGUCCAUCUGGACCUUUCACUGGAAAUCCAAAUGAUCUUGAGAAAGGAUGUCAAUCAGUACCUUGCAUUUAUAACACAGAUUGUUUAUCACAUGAAUUAUGUAAUCGUAUGACACAUACUUGCAUUAAUGCUUGUAAUGAAGAUUCUUGUGGUGAUAAUGCUGUAUGUUUACCAGAAAAUCAUAAAAGUACAUGCCAAUGUCCAAGUGGAUAUAAAGCCGAUCCAUUGCCUGAUGUGAAUUGUAGAAAAAUUGAAGUUUGUAAUCCUAACCCCUGUCAUUCGACAGCUAUUUGCGAGCCUCGACUAUCAUCGUAUAUUUGUAAAUGUCCAUCAGGACUAAUUGGAGAUCCCAUUAAUACUGGUUGCCGAAUACAAGAUGAAUGUAAGACUGACCAGGAUUGCCCACCUGAAGCAGUUUGCACACACCAACGCUGUGUAAAUCCUUGUGAUGGAGCUUGCGGUAUUAACUCGUUAUGUAAAAUUGUUGACAGAAAACCAAUUUGUUUAUGUCCAGAUGGUUAUGAGAAUAUAAAAGGUAGCAACGCUUGUAAAAAGAAAUUAUUAGAAUGCCGUACUGAAUUUGAUUGCGAUGGUGAUGUAUGUUCAAAUGGACAAUGUUUUACAGCUUGUAAAAAUUCAAGCCAGUGUGAUCCUGGUGAAACAUGUGUAAAAAAUUUAUGUAUUACACAAUGUAGUAAACAUUCUCAAUGUGGCAUUGGACAGGCUUGUGUAGGUGCUCAGUGUUUGAUUGGUUGUAGAAGCAAUGAAGAUUGUUCUAAUGAUGAAGCAUGUAUUAACAAUAAGUGCGUAAAUCCAUGCCUUGCGACUAGGGUUUGUGGACCUAAUGCAAUUUGCUCUAGGAUUAAUCACAAUACUAUAUGUGAAUGUCCUCAAGGCUUUGAAGGAACUCCUUCUCCACAACAAGGAUGUGUUCGAAAACCGAGUUCAUGCUUUAGGUCAUCGGAUUGUCCACCAGAUCACAUGUGCAUAGGAUUAUUAUGUCAAGUACCAUGUCGAGAUAAUUCAGGCUGUGCUAUUGGGGAAAAAUGUAGUGAUAACAAAUGUCAUAAAAUAUGUCACUCAAGUAGUAACUGCUUACAUGGAGAACAUUGUAGUUCUGGAAUAUGUAUACCAGGCUGUAAAACAGAUUCUGAUUGUCUAAGUAACCAAGUCUGUAAAGCGACUGAAUGCCAAUGUUUGCCAGGAUUUGAAUUGAUAAAUAACGAAUGUAUCAAUAUUGAUGAGUGUAUCAAUAAUCCAUGUCACCCUUCAUCCCAGUGUAUAGAUAUACCAGGUUCUUAUAAAUGUGUUUGUCCUACUGGCGCAGUAGGUGACCCCUUUAAGACGGGUUGUUUAUUACCUAAUCAAUGUAGACGUGACAGCCAAUGUGAAGAUUCAUUAGCAUGUAUAAAAGGAAAAUGCACCAAUCCUUGUCAAAUUAAGACAUGCGGCCUAAACGCUGUAUGCUCAGUUAUUAAACAUCAAAUUUCUUGUAAUUGUGAAAAAGGAUACCUGGGAAACCCAUUUGAUAAAAACAUUGGCUGCUUCAAAGUAGAGUGUACUGAUAAUUCUGACUGUUCUGAUGACAAAUACUGUGAUUCCCGAAGUAAUAAAUGUUCAGAUAAGUGCGAUGAAUUGGCAUGUAAGGGUGGUACUUGUAAAAUACAAAAUCAUAGAGCAUUGUGUACAUGUCCAACUGGAUAUGAUCUAGUAAACAAUAUAUGCAAUGAUAUUAAUGAAUGCUUAAAUAAUCCAUGCCCUCUGAAUGCAAAUUGUUUAAACAGUGUCGGUUCUUACUCAUGUACUUGUGUAAAUGGAACAGUAUUAGAUACAGUUACUGGUAACUGUAGAUUACCAGGAGAAUGUUAUUCUGAUGAUGAUUGUUCGGACAAAACGAAAUGUUUAAAUAAUUAUUGUAUUAAUCCAUGUACGAAUCUGGCUCCAUGUGGUGAUAAUGCAAAUUGCAUUGUAAGCAAACAUAAACCUUUAUGUGAAUGCCCAUCUGAUAGUCAUGGCGAUCCAUAUGUAAAAUGUACUAAAUUUGAAUGUAUAAAAGAUACUGACUGUUCUACUCAAGAAGCGUGUGUUAAUUAUAGAUGCAAAGAUUCGUGUAGUAUUCCCCGUGCUUGUGGUAGAAAUGCCGGUUGUCUUUCAAGAAACCACAUCGGACAUUGUUCGUGUUUACCAGGCUAUACUGGCGAUCCAGUUCUUGGUUGUGUUCCAGUUCAAGAGUGUACAGAUGACUCUAGAUGCCCAUCAGGAACUAAAUGCAUUGAUAAUUUAUGUACUGGAUUAUGUAAAAAUUCAAGAGAUUGUUUAAAUGAUCAAGUUUGUAUUCAAGAAACUUGUCGACUUACAUGUAAUUCUAAUAGCACAUGUCCUAAUUUCCAAUUUUGUUUAAAUAGAAUAUGUGUCAAAGAAAUUCAUUGUAUGUCUAACGACAACUGUGCGGAUGACGAGCAGUGUUCUAUAGGUAGAAAUGAUAUACCGCAAUGUAUAAAUGUAUGUCAAAAACAGCCAUGUGGAAGGCAAGCAGUGUGUCUUGGAAAAAAUCAUAAGCCUGUUUGUUCAUGUAAACAAGGCUUCUUUGGAGAUCCUUUACAAGGAUGUAAAAGAAAACAAUGUGAUGUUGAUUCUGAUUGUUCAGAUGACAAAUUAUGCGAUAAAAAUAUUUGUAAAAUUGCAUGUCUAGUAGGUAAUAACUGCGGAGAAAAUUCAAUAUGUUCAUCGGAAAAACAUAAACAAAUAUGUUACUGUCAACCUGGAUAUACUGGAGAUCCAUUGAAAGGAUGUACAGAGAUAAACUGGUGCGUAUCUAAUCCAUGUGGAAACGGAGCUGAAUGUAAAAACUCAAGAAAUGGUGCUCAAUGUGUAUGCCCACGGGGUGCCGUAGGUGACCCCUAUAACGAUGGGUGCCGUCAGGCACAAGAAUGUCGUUUUAAUAGAGAUUGUCCUGCUGUUGCUCGCUGUACUGUUAUCAAUGGUAUCCGAAAAUGUACAGAUGCAUGUGAAAACGUUAAAUGUGGAUUAAAUGCGGAAUGUAUCGCUACACGGCAUACUGGACAAUGUAAAUGCAAAACUGGAUACAUUGGAAAUGCUGAUAUGGAAAAGGGUUGUCGACUUCGAGAAAUAUCAUGUACAGAUAAAGCGGGCUGCCCUGAUGACCAUUAUUGCCACAAAGGAGUAUGUAAAAGCCUAUGUUUUGCUGACGAAGAGUGCACUUCUACAGAAAAAUGUUUCAAUGGGCAAUGUGUAGAUCCAUGUCAAGUAGAAAAGACAUGCGGUUUAAAUGCUUUGUGUCGUUCUGAGCAACAUGUAAUUCAAUGUAGUUGUCCGUACGGAUUCACUGGAAACCAGAACGUGGAAUGUGUAAGAAUGCCUCGAGUAUGUGGAUCUGCCGGUGAAUGUGAAAAUGGACAUAUGUGUCAAGAUUCUAUGUGCUUACCUCGAUGCAAUGUAGAUGAAGAGUGUGCUUUAAAUGAAAGAUGCUCAAAGGGCGUAUGUUUAUUGACAUGCAGAGUAGAUAAUGACUGCUUCCUUGGACAUAUAUGUUUGGAAAAUAGUUGUCAGUAUGGGUGCAGGCAUGAUGAAGAUUGUGGUCCUGAAGAAUCCUGUAGAAAUAAUUUCUGUCAAAAUCCCUGUGCCAGUAAUAUAAAUCCAUGUGGACCUAAUGCUGCCUGUUCUGUAGUAGAGCGAAAAGCUACUUGUACUUGUUUAGAAGAAUUGAUACCAAAUCCGACUCCCAAUAUUGGAUGUGUAAGAGCACCAUCUUCUCCAUGUCGUAAACACACUGAUUGUACAAAUGGUUGGAGAUGUGAAGAUGACCGUUGUAGACCUGCAUGUACACUCGACGGAUCAGAAUGCUUACAAGGUGAAAGAUGCUAUUAUGGAGUAUGUAGGUACGCUUGCACGUCUGACGAUCAUUGUUCUGAUGAUGAAGUUUGUGAUGGAAGAUUGUGUGUAACUGGAUGUAGAUCUAAUUCACAUUGUCCUAAUAAUUUAGCUUGUGUAUCUGGACAAUGCACAGACCCUUGCACGGAACCAGCCACGUGUGGCGCUAAUGCAUUAUGUAUAACUAAAGAUCAUAAACCAGUAUGCACAUGUCCACCAUCUUUAGUAGGAGAUCCGAAAGCUGUUUGUCGACGAACUACAUCACGUUGUGAUUCUAAAAAGAAUUGUCCUGACGGAUUUAAUUGUUAUGGUGAUACCUGCUAUGCAUCUUGUAGAAGUGAUACAGUCUGCUUAUCAAAUGAAAAAUGUAUCCGAGGCAUUUGUAGAGUGGUCUGUAACAGUGAUGAUGCCUGUAAUGAGGGCCACAUUUGUGAAAAUAGAAUAUGCAAGCAAGGCUGUCGUGAUGAUAAUGCAUGUGAUAUUAAUCAAGCUUGUCUAAAUGGUCAAUGUAAAGAUCCGUGCAAGGAAAAUGGUAUCUGUGGUAUCUGUUCUGACUGUAAAGUAAUUAGUCAUAGAGCUCAGUGCAGUUGCUCUAGUAAUUAUACUGGUAAUCCUCUAGUGGAAUGCAAAAAGAAGAGACUGUUGUGUGAUGGAUUCUGUCCUUGUGAUGAAAGCGGGUAUUGUAUAUCACUUUGUGAAGAAAACACAGAUUGUUCUUGUGGCGAAAAGUGCUUCAAUGGUGGAUGCAGAGCACAGUGUUCAUCUAGAAACAAAUGUCCUGAACGUCAAUUAUGUGUUAAGGGAAUAUGUAUACCAGGCUGUAAUACCGACAGAGAUUGUGGAGACGACAUGUUAUGUUCUGCAAAAUUAUGUGUCUCUGCUUGUCGUGAAAAUUCAUGUGGCAAAAAUGCUUUGUGUUUAGCAACCCGACAUAGGGCCGUAUGUAGUUGUCCUAGUGGAUUUUCAGGAGAUCCAAUAAAAGAAUGUAAAUCCUAUGAAUGUCUACAAAACGAGGAUUGCAGUGCUGAUGAAGAAUGUCAAGCAGAUGGUAAAUGCAAAAAUGUUUGUACAAAUGCUUGUGGAAUUAAUGCUAUUUGUCGUCCCGUCAAUAGAUCUCCGCAAUGUUCCUGUCCACCAAGUUAUUUAGGAAAUCCAAAAAUAGAGUGCUCUAGGCCACCUUCUGGAAGUUGUUUGCGUAACCUAUGUGGAGUAAAUUCUCGAUGUCGAGAUUUAGAUGAUGGUAGUUAUGAGUGCACAUGUCCUCCGGGAUGUGCUGGUGAUCCUCAAAAACAAUGUUAUUGUGGAUCUAUGGAACCAUGUGCUUACAAAGCAUGCGGAAUCAAUGCCCAAUGUCGUAUAAAACAAGACGGUGAAGCCCAAUGUUACUGUCCGCGUCAUUACCCUAACGGCGAUCCAAAUAUAGAAUGUGCUCAGGAGCGAAGUGUUGUAGAUUGUCGUACUACUGGUUGUGGAAUAAACGGUGAAUGUUUACGUGAAGGUGCUGAAUUUGUAUGUCGGUGUAUUCCCGGAACAGAAGGUCAGGCUGACAUCGAGUGUCAUACUAGUAUCGAAUGCACCAGUGACAAGGACUGUCCUGUAGACAAAGCGUGUUUAAGUUUACAUUGCGUGGACCCCUGUACGGUGCGCGGCGUUUGCGGUGAAGAUGCGCUAUGUGUGCCUCUCAUGCAUCGAGCGCAGUGUUCAUGUCCACAAUGUUACGUGGGCCAACCGCGUCUUGCUUGUCGUCUUGAUCCGACUUGUAAGCCAACUACUGACUUCAACACAACAUUCACUUGCUCGGAUACUAAGCCGUGCCCAUCAAAACUGGCUUGCGAUUUCAAUACUAAUCAAUGCCGUAAUCCUUGUUUGGGAUUUCAAAAUUGUCGAAGAAAUCAAAAAUGUGAAGUACGAAAUCAUACACCUGUAUGUGUUUGUCGUAAUGGAUUCGCUUUGAAUGAAAAAGGGGAAUUAACAUGCGCACCAGAACACGCUGAAUGUACAAGAGAUGAGCAAUGCCCCUCAAAUGCGGCUUGCCGUAAUUCGAAGUGUGUGAAUCCGUGUCUAGCAUCAAGAGACUCAAUAUGUCCAAAGGGAAAACAAUGUGAAGUAUUGGAGCAUCGUGCGAUUUGCGUAUGUGUUGAGGAUUGUCAUCCGACAGUGUCGAUAUGCUUGACUGAUAACGGUUGUCCUCAUAAUCUAGCUUGUAGAGAUUUUCAGUGCAAAGACCCUUGUAAAGAUGCAUGUGGUGGUGCUCCGUGUUCAAUAGAAGAUCAUCACCCUGUGUGCAAGUUUUGCCCUACUGGAUUCACACAUGAUGAAAAACAUGGCUGUAUAAAAGCGUUACAAUGCAGUGCACACGAGCAAUGUGCGACUGGGCUGGCAUGUGUAAGUGGUCGCUGUGCAGACCCAUGUUCGAGAGGUGGGCCCUGUGCGCCAUCGCAGCACUGUGCCGUCGUUGAUCACCAGCCCGUUUGUUCUAAGGUGUGCCAAUGUCAAACAUCAUCAGACUGCGCGAGAUAUCCCAAUACAUAUUGUGAUGGCUGCGCGUGUAUUCAAGGAAAACGACCCACUGCAAACUGUGCACAUUGUCGACCUGGCGUGCCUUGCGAUCCAUUUUCUGGCGCCUGUAUGGAAAAAUCACCUGGAACACUUAAGAAACCAGAACCCUGUCAGUCAGAUCGAGACUGUAUAGAAACUGAGGCGUGUUUCAUGGGAUUAUGUCAUAAUCCUUGCGAAAUAGACAAUGUUUGUGGCGUUGGUGCUAAUUGCCAGCCAGUAAAACAAAGGCCAAUGUGUUCAUGUCCAGCGGGACAAGACGGAGACCCCGCUGUUAAAUGUUCGCCUAAAAUAUCUGGUUGCACUCGAAAUGAAGAUUGUGAUUUAACUGAGGCUUGUAUAAAUAAUGCAUGCCAACACCCAUGUGCCAUACACAAUCCAUGUGCACCCAAUGCUGUCUGUAUAAAUACAAAGCAUGGCUCCGAUUGUAGCUGCGCUGAAGGAUAUAAUGGAAAUGGAUACGUCGGCUGUGUACCAGUAGUUAAUUCAGGGUCGGUAUGUCAAUAUAACGAAGAUUGCCCGCCUAAUUUAUUAUGUGAUAGACUGAAUAGAGUAUGCAUAAAUCCGUGCGCCAUUAAUAGUUGCGGGGAUAAUGCUGAGUGUAUACCUGUAAACCACGGGAUUGAAUGUAAAUGUUAUGCCGGCUUUACUGGAAAUGCUUAUCUAGAAUGUUUCCAGGUACAAGGAUGUCGAUCUGAUAAUGAAUGUGCCAAUUCCGAAGCAUGUAUGAAUGGAAAAUGCGGUUCUCCAUGUCGGUGUGGUGCAAAUGCAAUUUGUGAUGUGCUCAAUCAUCGCGCGUCGUGCAAGUGUCUUCCAGGAUAUAGCGGAAAUCCAACUCUUGGCUGCGAGCCCCCUAUAAAUCCUUGCUCUCCAAAUCCAUGUGGAAGCAACGCAUUAUGUGAAAAUGAUAAUGGAAGUCCAAUUUGUUAUUGUCCAAAAGGAUUAACUGGAAAUCCAUUUAAAAAUUGUAUUCCUGAAGGCAAUGAAUGUGAACCAAAUCCAUGUGGCCCUAAUUCGGGAUGUCGUUUAAUAGAAAAUAAACCAGCAUGUUUCUGCUUACCAAAUUAUGAAGGAAAUCCACCAAGACAGUCGUGUAGAUUACCAAACAACCCUUGUCACCCAUCUCCAUGUGGACCUAAUACACAAUGUACGGUAUUAUCAAAUGGAUUCGCUAAAUGCACCUGUUUACCAGGUUAUAUUGAAAGUCCAAAUACAGUUCGAGGUUGUGUGGAAGCACGUAAUCCUUGUGAGCCAAAUACGUGUGGAAUCGGUGCACGUUGCGAUCAAAAUAGAGUACCAGCCUGUUACUGUCCAGAAAAUACAAUAGGAAAUCCAUACAAAUCUUGUAUUAAUCGACCAUAUUUGCCACCUCACGGGCUUUGUCAACCGGGCCCUUGUGGAGCGAAUGCAGAUUGCUAUGUAAGUAGCAAUACGGAAAUGUGUUUCUGUAAAUUUGGUUUCACUGGUGAUCCUUACGCUGGAUGUCAACCGAGAAAAAGUCCUUGUAAUCCAAAUCCAUGCGGUCCACUAGCAAUUUGUAGUCCUAACUAUGAAGGGCAAGCAUUAUGUACUUGCCCAGAAGGUAGUACCGGUGAUCCUUAUGGUCUCGAGGGUUGUCAGUCUCGUGAGUGUGAAGUCGACGACGAAUGUGCAAUCAACAAAGCCUGUAUUGGAUAUUCCUGCCGUGACCCUUGCCCAGGUGUUUGUGGCUUGAACGCUAUUUGUCAUGUAGAAUCUCAUCGUCCUUUAUGUACAUGUGAAAAUGGGCUAAUAGGCAAUCCUCUCAUAUGCUGUUUACCACCAGAAGACCAAAAAUCCUCAACACCUUGCAGUAAAGCACAAUGUGGUAUUAAUGCAAUUUGUCAAGAUGUCGGAGAUACAGCAUUAUGUUCUUGUCCUCCCGAGUUCUCUGGAAAUCCAACAAUCGAAUGCAAGCCGGAAUGUGUAAUGAAUUCUGAUUGCUUGUCAAAUGAAGCGUGUUUGAACAAAAAGUGUGUAGAUCCAUGUGCAUUUGAUAACGUUUGUGGCAUCAAUGCUGUUUGCCUAUGCUCAGAUCACACAGUAUCAUGUUUGUGCAAAGAUGGAUAUAUAGGUGAUCCCUUAACACAAUGUAUAUAUCGGCCUAUUCUUGUAACACCUGAUAACACUACAGUUCAACCAUGUUCCCCAAAUCCAUGUGACCCUAAUGCUCCAUGUGAUACUUAUGGAAAUCAAUUUGCCAUAUGUGAUGCUUGUGCUGAGCCAAAUGCUGCGAGUAAUCCUGCUUGUAGACCAGAGUGCAUGUUGAGUUCCGAUUGUCCUUUUGAUAAAGCAUGUCUAAGAAAUAAAUGCAUAGAUCCAUGCCCAGGGUCAUGCGGUAUAAACGCUGAAUGUACAAUAUAUCAUCACAAUCCAAUUUGCCGAUGUUUAAAUGGUUUUGUAGGAAACCCAUAUGAACAUUGCAAGGCCAUUACGGAACCUGUGUUAACAAAUAAAUACUGUGAUAAUGUUCAAUGUGGAGACAAUGCUAUAUGCCAAGAUUUAAAUGGUGCUUUAACAUGCCAAUGUAUACCAAAUUUCUAUGGAAAUCCGUACUUAUCCUGCCGACCGGAAUGUGUUGUAAAUAGCGAUUGCCAGUCCAAUUUGGCUUGUUUAAACAAUAAAUGUGAAAAUCCUUGUCAAGAUAUUUGCGGUAUUGGAGCUUUAUGUAAAACAGUGAACCAUCAUGCUGUAUGUUACUGUGAGCAAAGUUAUACGGGAGAUCCAUAUAUAAGAUGUCAACCAAUACCUACACUGCCACCAGUUUUAACUACAUGCGACCCAUCACCUUGUGGACCAUAUAGUCGAUGUAUUAUAUCACCCACAGGAUUUGCAGUAUGUUCAUGUUUACCUGGUCAUAGAGGUGUAGCACCAAUGUGUCAGCCCGAAUGUGUUAGCAAUUCAGACUGCCAGCAAUUCGAAACAUGUGUAAACCAACGUUGUUCAAAUCCUUGUCAAGGUAGCUGCGGUGUCAAUGCAGAUUGUUUUGUUUUAAAUCAUAAUCCAAUAUGCAGCUGUGGUAAUGAUAAAACAGGAGAUCCAUUUACAGUAUGCACGGAUAUCGUCGAUAUACCCGAUGUAAAAAAUCCCUGUAUUCCUUCUCCAUGUGGUCCAAAUUCUGUUUGCGAGAUAAAGCUUAACCAUCCAGUAUGUUCUUGUCAACCUAAUUAUUCUGGCACACCGCCAUACUGUAGACCAGAAUGUGUUAUAAGUCAAGAGUGCCCUUCAAAUCAAGCUUGCAUAAAUGAGAAGUGUGUGGAUCCGUGUCUAGGUGCAUGCGGAAAUAACGCCAAAUGUAAUGUUGUGAAUCAUACUCCUUUGUGUAGUUGUUUAGAUGGUUACAGAGGAGAUGCUUUUAUUGGAUGUGUUAUAAUAUCUAAAAAUGAGUCAUUAACUCCAUGCAAUCCUUCUCCUUGUGGCGAGAACACGAUGUGUACUGUAGUAGAUAAUGUAGCUCGUUGUACAUGUAUUCCUCCUAAUAUCGGAAAUCCUUACGCUGGUGGCUGUCGGCCAGAAUGCACCUUGAAUUCCGAUUGUCCAAACCAUUUAGCCUGUUUAUCAAAUUACUGCCGAGAUCCAUGCAAAGACUUAUGUGGUAUAAACGCAGAAUGUGCAGUCUUGAACCAUGUUCCAAUAUGUACUUGUUUUAAAGGACAUGAAGGCGAUCCAUUUUCUUCAUGUCGACCUAAAUCUAAACCAUCUACACCAAUCAAUCCUUGCUCACCGUCACCAUGUGGGCCAAAUAGCGAGUGUCAUGUUGCAAAUGAACGAGCUGCUUGUUCUUGUAAAGUAGGCUAUCUUGGCGCACCUCCUGCUUGUCGCCCAGAGUGUGCCGUCAGUUCUGAUUGCCCGCCCAACAAAGCAUGUAUAAAUCUUAAAUGCAAGGAUCCCUGUCUUAACGUAUGCGGUCUUGAUGCUCGAUGUCAUGUAGUUGGACAUAAUCCAAUUUGCACUUGUCCUGAAAAUUUCCCUGAUGGAGAUCCAUUUAUUAAAUGCUACAGAAAAAAGGUUAUGCAGCCGCCACCGGAUCCAUGUUUGCCUUCACCCUGUGGACCUCAUUCAACUUGCCGCAACGAAGGCAACCGUGCAAUAUGCGCGUGCGAUCCCGGUACUUUGGGUGCCCCACCUGCCUGUCGACCACAAUGUGUUAUCAACCAAGAUUGCCCUCUUGCACUUGCCUGUCUUGCUGGUACAUGCGUCAAUCCCUGUAUCGGUUCUUGUGGUUUCAACGCUCGUUGUAUCGUGCAAAAUCAUCGACCCAUAUGCUCCUGUGAUGAAGGUUAUUCAGGAGAUCCCUUUGCCGGUUGUAAUCCUAUUGAAGCACCAAAAGAUAUACCUGUGCAUUAUCCUUGUAAUCCAUCACCUUGUGGGCCUAAUACAGUGUGUCGGGAAAGAAACGGUGCUGGGUCAUGUACUUGUAUUGAUGAUUAUUAUGGCGAUCCAUAUGUAGGAUGUCAUCCAGAGUGUGUCAUGAACACAGAUUGUUCUAUAGAUAGAUCCUGUUUCAAUAAUAAAUGUGUGGAUCCAUGUUCUGGUACAUGUGGACAAAAUGCUGAUUGUCGAGUUGUAAAUCAUGCUCCUUCAUGUUACUGCCUGCCUGGAUAUACUGGAAACCCUCUUCAUGCAUGCAAUCUCUUUCCGAUUUCAUCAGUGCCCGUGGAUCCGUGUCAUCCGUCACCUUGUGGACCAUACAGUAAAUGCCGUACUUUUAACGGUCACGCCGUUUGCACAUGUCUUGAUAUGUGUGUCGGUUCUCCGCCUAAUUGUCGACCUGAGUGUAUAGUGAGUUCUGACUGUCGACCAGAUAAAGCAUGCAUGAAUCAAAAGUGUCAGGAUCCUUGUCCCGGUAUGUGCGGCGUAAACGCGGAAUGUCAAGUGGUAAAUCAUAAUCCGAUAUGUAGUUGCCAAAAUAGCUACACAGGCGAUCCUUUUGUACGAUGUUACAUUGACGAACGGCCGAAUAUACCAAUAGACGUUUGUACUCCAAGUCCAUGUGGCCCACAUUCGCAAUGUAAAGAAAUUAAUGGUGUACCAGUUUGUUCGUGUUUGGAUGAGUACAUAGGCCGUCCGCCAAAUUGCAGACCAGAAUGCAUCAUAAAUAUCGAAUGUCCUGGAAAUCUUGCAUGUAUAUCGGAAAAAUGUAGCGAUCCAUGCCCUGGAUCUUGCGGUUUACAUGCUACGUGUAAUGUAGUUAAACAUAUACCUAUAUGUACAUGUGAACAAGGUUACACUGGAGAUCCCUUCUCAGGAUGCUCAUUAAUUCCACCCAUCGAAUUCCAGGACGUUAAUCCAUGUGCAUUAUCUCCUUGUGGUGCAAAUGCUGUAUGUAAAGAAAGAAAUGGUGCAGGAUCUUGUUCCUGUCUUCCAGAAUAUUAUGGAGAUCCAUAUGUUGAAUGUAGACCUGAAUGCGUUUUAAAUACAGAUUGUCCCAAAAAUAAAGCGUGCAUAAACAAUAAGUGCAAGGAUCCUUGUCCAGGAGUUUGCGGUAUGAAUGCAGAAUGUCGCGUAAAUAAUCAUGCUCCAUCUUGUGCCUGUCUACCAGGUUAUGAAGGAAACCCAUUUACAUCCUGUUAUUUAAGCCCUGUUGAAAAGCCCACUGAUCCAUGUUUACCAUCGCCUUGUGGCCCUUAUAGUUUAUGUCGUGUGAACAAUGGGCAUGCCAUAUGUUCAUGCCAGGAGCAAUAUUUCGGAUCUCCUCCUUUCUGUCGCCCAGAAUGUAUGGUUAGCAGCGAUUGUAUGCCAAAUAAGGCCUGUUUAAAUCAAAAAUGUGUAGAUCCGUGCAUAGGAGCAUGCGGAAGUAAUACUCAUUGUACUGUAGUCAACCAUAAUGCACUAUGCAGUUGUCUACAAAACUAUAUCGGUGAUCCGUUUACAAAUUGCAUAUAUAAGGAACGAGAUCAACCAAAACCAUCAAGAAAUCCUUGUAUUCCUUCACCAUGUGGACCAAAUUCUCAAUGUCGUAUUAUAGGGGAAACGCCAGCAUGUUCUUGCCAACCGGGUUAUAUAGGUCGCGCCCCUAAUUGUCGACCUGAAUGUAUAUAUGAUGAAGAAUGCCCUAGUAAUCUUGCUUGUAUUCGGGAAAAAUGUUAUAAUCCUUGUGAAGGUUCUUGUGGUUCUAACGCAGAAUGUGUUGUUAUAAACCACAAAGCAGUAUGCCAUUGUCGUGAAAGUUAUACUGGUGAUCCAUUUAGAGGUUGUAUUUUUAUUGUCAAAGUACCGAUUGAAGAUGAGACAAAUCCAUGUAACCCGUCACCAUGUGGCCCAAAUGCUAUAUGCACAGAAAGAAAUAAUGCUGGUGCGUGUACGUGUCAAACAGGAUAUUUUGGAGAUCCAUACUUAGGCUGUAGACCUGAAUGCGUUACAAACAAUGACUGUCCAUUACAAAAAGCUUGUUCAAAUAACAAGUGUAUAGAACCAUGUCAAGGAGCAUGUGGAAUUAAUGCGCAAUGUACUGUAGCACAUCAUAAACCGGUUUGUUUAUGUAUUGACGGAUACGAAGGAAAUCCUGUAAUAUCGUGUCAUCCACAAAGAAUACCUCCUAAAACGGAAGUAAAUCCAUGCAUUCCAACGCCAUGUGGACCAUAUAGUACAUGUAAAGUAGUAGAUGGACAUGGAGUUUGUUCAUGUCAAGACGGAUACGUUGGCGCACCUCCAACUUGCCGCCCUGAAUGCGUUAUUAGUACAGAUUGUCCUCAACAUCAGGCUUGUAUUAAACAAAAAUGCAGAGAUCCAUGCCCAGGAACUUGUGGUGUUAAUGCUCGAUGCCAAACUAUUAAUCAUAAUCCGAUUUGUACCUGCAAAGCAGGAUUUACAGGAGAUCCAUUUGUUACAUGCCAGUUAGAGCCAAAACCUAUUUUAAUGGGGCCUAAAGGAAAUCCAUGUGUACCUUCACCGUGUGGUCCAUAUUCACAAUGUAAAGUGAUUGGAGAAGCGCCUGCAUGUUCAUGCUUACCAAGUUACAUUGGUGUAGCUCCAAAUUGUAGACCAGAAUGUUCCAUAAACGCGGAAUGUCCUGGUAAUCUUGCAUGCCAAAAUGAAAAAUGUGUAGAUCCAUGCCCUGGUUCUUGCGGUUUAAAUGCGGAAUGUUCUGUAGCAAAUCAUGUAGCGUUGUGUAAUUGUAUAUCAGGGUAUUCAGGUGAUCCAUUCAGUGGAUGUUCACCAGUUGAGAGUAAAUCAGAACCACCGCCCAAUCCUUGUAAUCCGUCACCUUGUGGAGCAAAUGCAAUAUGUAAAGAAAGAAAUGGUGUGGGAUCAUGUUCUUGUUUGCCAGAAUAUUUCGGUGAUCCAUAUACAGGCUGUCGUCCAGAGUGUGUGUCUAAUUCUGAUUGUGAUCGCAAUAAAGCCUGUUCAAACAAUAAAUGUAAAGAUCCCUGCCCAGGAACGUGUGGCAUAAACGCUGAAUGCAGAACAGUUAACCAUUCACCGACAUGCACCUGCUUAUCGGGUUAUACUGGUAACCCUAUAAUCAAAUGUGAAAUAGGAACCUCUGAUAAAUCAGAAUCUCCACAAGAUCCCUGCAAACCCUCGCCUUGUGGGCCUAAUAGCCUUUGUCGAGUAAUAAAUGGACACAGUGUGUGUACUUGUGAAAGUGGUUAUGUCGGGACUCCGCCAUCCUGUCGUCCUGAAUGUAUCGUUAGCUCUGAAUGUCCACAAGAUAAAGCAUGUGUUAAUAAGAAAUGUGUAGAUCCAUGUCCUAACACUUGUGGACUUAAUGCUCGAUGCCAAGUUAUAACGCAUAAUCCCAUUUGCAGUUGUUCUCCAGGAUUUACUGGUGAUCCAUUUACUAGAUGCAAUCCUGAAGAAAGACGAGACCCUAAUUUCAAUGAAAACCCAUGUGUACCUUCACCUUGUGGACCUAAUUCUGAAUGUCGUGUAAUUGGAGAUCAAGCUGCUUGUUCCUGUCUAGCAAAUUACAUUGGAAGAGUUCCGAAUUGUAGACCAGAAUGUACAAUAGAUGCUGAAUGUCCCAGUAAUACAGCCUGCAUUAAUGAACGUUGUAAAGAUCCAUGUCAAGGCGCAUGUGGCUCAAAUGCACUAUGCUUAACAGUAAAUCACAACCCGAUAUGUAGUUGUCAACAAGGUUUUACAGGAGAUGCCAAUAAUAAUUGUAAUCAAAUUCUUAUACCUCCUACUGAAAUGUCUGUUACGAGUCCAUGUUCUCCAUCACCGUGUGGACUGAAUGCAGAAUGUCGCGAGCAUAACGGAGCGGGAGCGUGUCUUUGUUUUGAUGGUUAUUAUGGUGAUCCAUAUAAUCCUCAGGGAUGUCGUAGAGAAUGUGAAAAUAAUGACGACUGUGCACCAAACUUAGCAUGUACAAGAUACAAGUGUAUUGAUCCCUGUCAUAAUAUAUGUGGUCAAUUCGCUCAAUGCUCUGUAGAUAACCAUGUACCUAUAUGUACUUGUCCACGAGGUUUCACAGGAGAUCCAUUCUUUGAGUGUAAAGAAAUUGUAAUACCACCUACUCCGGCUCAAAAUCCAUGUGAACCGACACCUUGUGGACCAAAUAGUCAAUGUAGACAAGUGAAUAUGCAAGCAGUAUGUUCUUGCUUACCGAAUUAUAUAGGAUCGCCACCGUCAUGUAGACCGCAAUGCAUCGUGAACAGUGAAUGUGAUACUUCUAAAGCUUGCAUUAAUCAGAAAUGUGACGAUCCUUGUCCUAACACCUGUGGAUUAAGAGCUCAUUGUUUAGUGAAAAAUCAUAAUCCUAUAUGUACAUGUCCUGCGGGAAUGACUGGCGAUCCAUUUACUCAAUGUUAUCCUACGACACAAACAACUGAGCGACCACCAUCUUGUACGCCAUCGCCAUGCGGACCACAUUCACGGUGCCAAUUACUGGACAGCGGACCAGCUUGUUCUUGUUUACCUGGUUUCGUAGGAUCACCACCUUCUUGUCGUCCUGAAUGCACUAUAAAUUCGGAAUGUCCUGCAUCAUUAGCAUGUGUAAGACAAAAAUGCGAAGAUCCGUGCCCUGGAUCUUGUGGAGUUGAUGCUAAUUGCCAUGUUUUAAAUCAUGUUGCCGUAUGCGUCUGUAAUGAAGGAUUCACAGGCGAUCCAUUUUCAAGAUGUCAACCAAUAUUGGAUGUACCCACAACUCCGUCUUCUGCUGAUCCAUGUAAUCCAUCUCCUUGCGGGCCGAAUGCCCAAUGCGAUAAUGGAUUUUGCACAUGUUUGUCAGAUUACAUUGGUAAUCCUUACGAAUCAUGUAGACCAGAAUGUACAGGAAGUCAGGAAUGUCCUAGAGAUAAAGCAUGCUUCAGAAACAAAUGUCGUGACCCAUGUCCGGGAGUUUGUGGACAAAAUACAAAAUGUGAUGUUGUUAACCAUAUUCCAACAUGUUCUUGUACAGCUGGCUAUACCGGCAAUCCAUUUACAAAUUGCUAUCCUAUGGCAGAUGACAAAAAGAUAUCAAAGGACCCAUGUCAUCCAUCUCCUUGUGGUCCUAAUAGUGUUUGCAGGACAACAGACAAUACGGCUGUAUGUGCUUGCAUUGAAGGUUUUCAAGGAUCGCCGCCAUUAUGUAGACCAGAAUGUGUUGUUAGCUCUGAGUGUCCUUCUACAAAAGCUUGUGUUAACCAGAAAUGUAUCAACCCAUGUAUCAAUGCAUGUGGUGUAUCCGCUCGCUGUGAAGUAAUCAAUCAUAGUCCAAUUUGUAGUUGUAAUCCAGGACAAACAGGAGAUCCAUUCAAAAGUUGCUAUUUAAUGGAUAUUCCUCCAGAGCCAGUGGAUGCUUGUAAUCCUUCUCCUUGUGGACCAAAUGCAGUAUGUUUAGAUCGAAAUGGCAAAGCAAACUGCAGAUGUAUUGACAAUUAUAUAGGACAACCACCUAAUUGCAGGCCAGAGUGUGUAAUAAAUCCUGACUGUCCUUCAAAUCAAGCAUGUGUUAGGAAUAAAUGUAUAGACCCAUGCCCAGGAUCCUGUGGUAUUAAUGCAGAAUGUAUUGUUGUGAGUCAUACUGUAUCAUGCAGUUGUAAAGAAAAAUACACGGGCAAUCCAUUUUUGCAAUGCAUACCAAUACAUGAAAAUGUCGCACAACCAUGUGAUCCAUCACCAUGUGGUGCUAAUGCUAUAUGUAACCAACGCGACGGUGCAGGUUCUUGUUCCUGCUUAGAAGGAUACCAAGGAAAUCCCUAUGAAGGUUGCCGACCUGAAUGUGUACUUAGUUCCGAUUGUUCUGCUGAUAAAUCUUGCAUUCGAAAUAAGUGUGCAGACCCAUGUCCUGGAAUCUGUGGGUCUAAUGCUGAGUGUACUGUAAUUAAUCAUGUUCCUACUUGUUCCUGCAUUAAGGGCCAUUCCGGAAAUCCAUUUGUUCAAUGUACUAAGGAUAUGCCAGUAAUAGAAAUAAAACCCUGUCAACCAUCUCCUUGUGGGCCAAAUAGCAUUUGCAGAGAAAACGGAGGAUUGGCCUCGUGUGAAUGUCUACCAGAUUAUAUAGGCGCUCCACCAGAUUGUCGACCUGAAUGUACAGUAAGCAGUGAGUGUCCAUCAGAUAGGGCAUGUCAUCGAUUGAAAUGCGCAGAUCCAUGCCGUGGAACAUGUGGUAUUGGAGCUCACUGUCAAGUUAUUAAUCAUAGUCCAUUAUGUAGUUGUCCUGCUGGUACUAGCGGUGAUCCAUUUAUAAGUUGUCCCAAAAAAAUAGAAAACAGACCAAUCGAUAAGCCAAAACCAUGCCAAGGAAAUCCUUGUGGUCCAUAUAGUGAAUGUCGACCUAUUGGAGAUAGCCCAUCGUGUUCCUGCUUGGAAGGUUAUAUUGGUAGUCCACCAAAUUGUCAUCCAGAAUGUUUAGUAAAUACUGACUGUCCAUCACAUCAAGCAUGUAUUGCCGAAAAAUGCACAAAUCCUUGUGAAGGAUCAUGUGGUUAUAGAGCUGAAUGUAGAGUACAUGAUCAUAUUCCGAUAUGCAGCUGCCCAACAGGUUACACUGGUGAUCCAUUUAUUCAAUGUACAGAAGUAAUAAUUUCACCAACGCCUUCAGCUGACCCAUGUAAUCCAUCGCCUUGUGGAAGUAACACUCUAUGUGAAACUGGGGUUUGCCUAUGCGCACCUGGCUAUUUUGGAGAUCCCUAUAUUGGUUGUCGAUUGGAAUGCUCGACUAAUGGAGAAUGCUCACCUACACGUGCCUGUCAAGGUGGAAAAUGUAUUGAUCCAUGUCCUGGCGCCUGUGGUACAAAUGCCGUGUGCUCAGUAAAUAACCACAUUCCAUCUUGUACUUGUCCACCUAGUACAUCUGGAGAUCCAUUUGCAUUAUGUACAGAAGUAAAACAGAUAGUAACGCAAUCGGCAUGUUCACCAUCACCUUGCGGCCCUUACAGUGAAUGUACAGUGAGUACUAAUGGAGCUGCAGCAUGUUCAUGUAAAGCAGGCCAUGUUGGUUCUCCUCCAUCUUGUCGGCCAGAAUGUCUCGUUAGCUCUGAAUGUAAACUACAAUUAGCUUGUAUUGACCGCCGUUGUCGCGAUCCUUGUGAAGGAGCUUGCGGUCGUGGAGCACGUUGUCAAGUUAUAGCACAUUCACCUAUUUGCACUUGUAAUGACGGAUAUACGGGUGAUCCAUUCACAUAUUGCUAUCCUGCUCCAGAGCCACCAUCUGUACCUGUUGACCCGUGUCAACCUUCACCAUGUGGACCCAACUCAAUAUGUGUAAAUUCAGGAGAAACACCUGCAUGUAGCUGUCAACCUAGUUUUAUCGGAGCUCCACCGAACUGUAGGCCAGAAUGCACAAUUAGUGCUGAGUGCGCAGCUACACUAGCGUGUGUUGGUCAGCGAUGUAAAGACCCAUGUGAACAAGCCUGUGGAUCACGAGCUAUUUGCUCGGUAAUUGAUCACCGUGCAUCGUGUACCUGCGAACCUGGUCUAGAAGGCGAUCCAUUCCAGGGUUGCUCUCCUCCAAGAGCUCCACCACAGAUCGAAUACUUAAAUCCAUGUGAGCCUUCACCUUGUGGCAUAAACACUGAAUGUAAAGUUCAAGGAAACGUGGGAUCAUGUACGUGUUUGUCAGAUUAUUUCGGCGAUCCAUAUCAAGGUUGUAGACCUGAAUGCUUAGCAGAUUCAGAUUGCCCUUUGACCUCUGCUUGCAACCGAAAUAAAUGUGUUGAUCCAUGUCCUGGUGUAUGUGGAUACAACGCGGAAUGUUACGUCACAAAUCAUAAGCCAUCGUGUACUUGUAAAUUUGGAUUUACUGGCAAUCCACUAUCUAUGUGUUUAGCUAUACUUGAACAUGAUGAGUCAGUAAUUAAUGUGUGUAACCCGUCGCCAUGUGGUAUAAAUGCCAACUGUAAAGAAGUUAAUGGCCAGCCUGUUUGUUCGUGUAUACCUAAUUACAUUGGAUCUCCACCAAAUUGCAGACCUGAAUGUAUUGUGAAUUCCGAAUGUAAAACUAACAGGGCUUGUAUUAAUCAAAGGUGUGCAAAUCCAUGUCCAAGACCAUGUGGACGAAAUACCGAAUGUAAAGUAAUAAACCAUAGUCCUGUUUGUACUUGUAUACGUGGUUAUUCCGGAGAUCCGUUUGUUACAUGUACUCCAAAUAUAUAUACAUCUCCAGUCGUGGCGACACCUUCAGAUCCUUGCGUCCCAUCACCUUGCGGCUUGUAUUCAGAGUGUCAUGACAACAAUGGAUUGGCAUCUUGUACUUGUUUGCCAUCUUACAUUGGUUCACCACCAUUUUGUAAACCUGAAUGCGUGGUACACUCUGACUGUUCAAGCAAUCAAGCAUGUGUAUCUGAAAAGUGCAGAGAUCCCUGCGAAGGAUCAUGUGGCCUCUAUGCAAAAUGUUUCGUAAAUAACCACAUUCCUGUCUGUAUAUGUCCAGAUGGAUUAACUGGUGAUCCUUUUAGAGAGUGUGUUUCUAAACCAAAACAAGAUAUACCUAGUCCUAUCAAUCCGUGUAAUCCAAAUCCUUGUGGCCCCAAUGCUAACUGUAACAAUGGCAUUUGUUCCUGCAUAGAAGGAUAUCGCGGUGAUCCCCUUUUUGGCUGUCGACCAGAAUGUAUAUAUAAUACAGAUUGUUCACCGGAUAAAGGUUGUCAAAGAAAUAAAUGCGUUAAUCCCUGUGUUGGAACAUGUGGACAAAACGCAGUUUGUGACGUCCAUAAUCACAUACCAAUGUGCACUUGUCCAAAGGGUAUGAGUGGAAACGCUUUUAUAGAAUGCCGUUACUCGAUGGUUGUAUCAAUAAAUCCUUGUAAUCCUACACCAUGUGGCCCUAACAGUCAAUGCCGACAAUCAAAUGGCCAAGCAGUUUGCUCAUGCGUAUCGGGAUAUCGAGGCAGUCCACCUAAUUGUCGACCUGAAUGUGUUGUCAGUCUAGAAUGUCCAUUAAAGGAAGCUUGCAAUAAUCAAAAAUGUGUAAAUCCUUGCAUCGGUGCUUGUGGUUCCGGAGCUAUAUGUGAUGUAAUAAACCACAGUCCAAUUUGCACAUGCCCACCAUCAUUUACUGGAGAUCCAUUUGUAAAAUGUUCUAUUAAAGUACAAGACAAGAUUCAAGUAAACCCAUGCGAACCGUCCCCAUGUGGCCCAAACUCGAUUUGUAAAAUGAGCGGAGAAAAUCCAAUAUGUGCAUGCUUACCAACUUUUAAAGGAUCACCUCCAAACUGUCGACCGGAAUGUAUCAGUAAUAGUGAAUGUGAUUAUAAUUUGGCAUGUUUGAAUAACAAAUGCUCGAAUCCAUGCAUCGGAAUUUGCGGUUCUAAUGCAGAAUGUAGAGUUGUAAGUCAUGCACCAAUGUGCAUAUGUCAAGAAGGUUACACCGGAGAUCCAUUUUCUUAUUGUAGUCCACAAACAAUUAUGGAAUCGCCAGAAGUUUUAACUCCUUGUAGUCCAAGUCCAUGUGGUUCGAAUGCUGUUUGCAGAGAACAAAACAGAAUUGGUUCAUGUCAAUGUUUAGAUGGAUAUUCCGGAAAUCCUUAUGAAGGCUGUCGACCAGAGUGCGUCAUAAAUUCUGAUUGUCCUCUUAAUAGAGCUUGUAAUAGGCUGAAAUGUAUCGAUCCUUGUCCUGGUACAUGUGGCUCAAAUGCGCUAUGUCAAGUUAACAAUCACAUGCCAACAUGUAUAUGUCAAACGGGAUAUACUGGUAAUCCGUUUAGUGCUUGUACAAUUCUCAUUGAACCUCAAGUUGUGGAAAAGAAUCCAUGCAAUCCUUCGCCAUGUGGAGCAAAUAGCCAAUGCAAAGAAAUAAACGGGCAGGCAGCGUGUUCUUGUUUAUUAAAUUUCAUCGGCGCACCUCCAAAUUGCCGCCCAGAAUGUGUUGUUAGUUCGGAAUGUCCAUCACAUUUAGCCUGUAAGAAUCAAAAAUGCACAAAUCCAUGUAUCGGUACAUGUGGGGAAAAUGCAAAUUGUAACGUAAUCAAUCAUAGCCCAAUUUGCGUCUGUAAAAUAGGACUGACUGGAAAUCCAUUUACUACAUGCUAUCCUAUAAAAAUUAUGAGGCCACCCGAAAACUCACCACGCCCCGACCCUUGUGUUCCAUCGCCUUGCGGUUUAUAUGCAGAAUGUAGAAAUGUCAGAGAUGCUCCUUCAUGCGCAUGUUUAUCUAAUUAUGUGGGUAAUCCACCUAAUUGUCGACCAGAAUGCACCAUAAAUUCUGAAUGUCCUAGCAACCAAGCUUGCAUGAAUGAAAAAUGUCGCGAUCCUUGUCCUGGAGCUUGUGGUCUAAACGCUGUGUGUACUGUUUUUAAUCAUAUCGCUCAGUGUGGCUGUAUUGAAUAUUAUACAGGUGAUCCAUUUACGAGGUGUCUUCCCAUGCCUGAAGAAGAUGAUAUUUCAGAACUGGACUCGUGUAAUCCAUCACCAUGCGGUGCAAAUACAGAAUGCAGUAAUGGUAUAUGCAAGUGUUUACCCGAAUACCAAGGCGAUCCGUACGUUGGUUGUCGACCUGAAUGUUUGACGAGUACUGAUUGUCCACAUAAUAAAGCAUGCCUAAAAAAUAAAUGCAUCGAUCCAUGUAUUAAUACUUGUGGUAAAAGUGCAAUUUGCAGUGUGUACAACCAUAUUCCUUUAUGCUCUUGUUCUGAGGGUUAUUCCGGAAAUGCCUUUUUGGAAUGUAGAAAAAUUGUUAUUGAAGUCUUGAAUCCAUGUAAUCCAUCACCAUGCGGACCUAACAGUCAGUGCCGAGAGAUAAACGGUCAAGCUAUUUGCUCGUGUCUAUCUGGAUAUGUAAGUGCUCCGCCCACAUGUCGACCUGAAUGUGUUUCCAGCGCAGAAUGCCCAUUAAAUAAAGCUUGUUCAAAUCAGCGUUGUAUUGACCCAUGUAAAGGUAAUUGUGGAGUUGGCGCUGAAUGUCAAGUAAUAAAUCAUAAUCCCAUUUGUUCCUGUCCACGUGGAUACACUGGUGAUCCAUUUAAACGUUGUGUUAUUGAAGAUAUCAAGGAACCUUAUAUAAAUCCAUGUUUACCAUCUCCUUGCGGCCCAAAUUCUGAAUGCAAAGAAGUAGGAGGCUCUCCAUCAUGUGCUUGUCUUGUUGAUUAUAUAGGCAGUCCACCUAAUUGUCGCCCAGAAUGCAUAGCCAAUUCAGAAUGUCCUAACGAGUUGGCGUGUAUAAAUAAUAAAUGCAAAGAUCCAUGUCCUGGUUCAUGUGGUAAUAAUGCUGUAUGUAGAGUUAUAAGUCAUGCUCCACAAUGUCUAUGUCCACCAGGAUAUAGUGGAGAUGCAUUUAUAGAAUGUAGAGUAAUAGAUUUCCCACUUACACCUUGUUCGCCGUCGCCGUGUGGACCUAAUGCCGUUUGUAAAGAACAAGGGCCUGCUGGAGCAUGUGUAUGUUUACCCGAAUAUAUUGGUAACCCAUAUGAAGGUUGUCGACCAGAAUGUAUCGUAAAUUCAGAUUGUAGCAGCAAUCUUGCUUGUAUUCAAAAUAAAUGUAAAAAUCCGUGCAGCAAUAUUUGUGGGCGCAACGCCGUUUGCAGUGUUAUUAAUCAUAGUCCAAAAUGUGAAUGCUUACAAGGACUAACGGGGGAUCCCUACGUAAAUUGUUACGAAAACAUUGCAGAUACUCCUCCUGUGUCUAGAGAUCCAUGCGUACCAUCCCCCUGUGGACCUAAUAGCAUUUGUAAAGUUUCUAAUAACCAAGCUGUAUGUACCUGUCAGUCCGAUUUCGUAGGAGCACCGCCUGCUUGUAGACCUGAGUGUGUCGUAAGCUCAGAAUGUAAUCAACAACAUGCUUGUAUACGUAGAAAAUGCAGAAAUCCUUGUGAAGGUGUAUGUGGACAAAACGCUGAAUGUAAAGUGAUUAAUCAUAGCCCAAUUUGUUCUUGUCGGAUAAAGUACACUGGUGACCCAUUUAAUAGAUGCUAUAAAAUACCAGAUAUUGAGCUUGAUUCUACGCCAUCAAAUCCUUGUCUACCAUCCCCAUGUGGUCCGUUUUCUCAAUGUCGUGACGUUAAUGGUGUACCUUCUUGCUCCUGUUUAUCGCAAUAUACUGGUAGCCCUCCAAACUGUCGUCCAGAGUGUACUAUAAAUACAGAUUGCCCUAGUGACAAGGCCUGUAUUAACGAGAAAUGUAUGGAUCCAUGUCCAGGAACAUGCGGUUUAAAUGCAGAAUGCCGAGUACAAAAUCAUGUAUCAAUUUGUACAUGUUUGAAAGGUUACGCUGGUGAUCCAUUUAAUUCCUGUUCAUUUAUCAUAUUAAAAGAACCAACAGUCACAGAUCCAUGUAAUCCAUCACCAUGUGGAUCCAACGCCAUUUGUAAUAAUGGUGUCUGUACAUGCUUACCGGAAUACAGCGGUGAUCCAUAUUUUGGAUGUAGACCAGAAUGCACAAUUAGUUCAGACUGUCCUAUAAAUAAAGCAUGUGCUAAGAACCGUUGUGUCGAUCCAUGCAUUCAAACUUGCGGUACUAACGCCAUCUGCCAGGUUGUCAACCAUAUGGCUGUGUGUAUAUGCCCAGCAAAAACAACUGGAAAUGCAUUUAUACAAUGUGAUCCAAUUCGAGAAAAUAUUCCAACAAACCCGUGUCAACCAAGUCCUUGCGGCCCCAACAGUCAGUGUAGAGAGAUCAAUCAACAAGCGGUGUGUUCAUGUCUCUUUGGAUAUCGCGGCGCACCGCCUGCUUGUCGUCCAGAAUGUGUAGCAAGUUCCGACUGCCCACUUAAUAAAGCAUGUAGCAAUCAAAAAUGUAUAAAUCCCUGUCAAGGAACUUGUGGUGUAGCUGCCGAAUGUCAAGUCAUUAACCAUAAUCCUGUUUGUUCCUGUCCUAAAGAUUUAACAGGAGAUCCGUUUACUAGAUGUUUAAAUAUGCCCGUUAUAAAUAACCCAACACCAGUAAAUCCAUGCCUUCCAUCUCCAUGUGGGCCUAAUUCGAUUUGCCAGCCAAGCAAUGGUGAAAUUCCAACGUGUCAAUGUUUAGCAGAAUAUAUUGGUGCACCCCCAAAUUGUCGUCCUGAAUGUAUUACUAAUAGCGAAUGCGCGCCGCAAAUGGCUUGUAUAAAUAGAAAAUGUCAAAAUCCCUGUACACAAGCAUGUGGUAUUAAUGCCGAAUGUCGAGUAGUAAGUCACACGCCGAUGUGUAUUUGCCCCGCUGGUUAUACUGGAGAUGCAUCAGUACAAUGUAUACAAAAUCCGAUCAUACAGAUGGAGCCUUUAUCUCCAUGUACGCCAUCACCAUGUGGACCAAACGCAGAAUGUCGUGAACAAUUUGGAGCUGGGGCUUGUAUAUGCGUAAACGGUUACUUCGGUAACCCGUAUGAAGGAUGUCAUCCAGAAUGUUUAAUAAACUCAGACUGCCCUAGUAAUAAAGCUUGUACUAGAAAUAAAUGUAUUGAUCCCUGUCCAGGAACUUGUGCAGCAUUUGCUGACUGUGUUGUUGUUAAUCAUUCGCCUCUGUGUAUGUGUCAAAAUGGAUAUACUGGUGAUCCAUUCAGACAAUGUAGUAAAAAAGCACAAGAAAUUGAAAAAGUAACUCCAUGCGAACCUUCACCUUGUGGUCCAAAUAGUCAAUGUCGCGUAUCAAAUGGACAGAGUGUAUGCUCUUGUAUACCUGAAUAUAGAGGAUCUCCUCCAAAUUGUAGACCAGAAUGUGUAGUAAGCGCUGAAUGUCCUACAGAUAAAGCUUGUCAAAAUCAAAAAUGUGUAUCUCCAUGUCCAGGACCGUGCGGUCAGUUUACUGAUUGCAGAGUUAUCAAUCAUAGUCCAAUUUGUACAUGUCAAAAUAGAUAUACAGGAGAUCCAUUUUCAAGAUGCUAUCAUAUUCAAACAGCUCCAAUUAAUGAUUACCCACUUCAAAAGGAUCCCUGUAUGCCAUCACCUUGUGGUCCAAAUUCGAUAUGUCAAAAUCUCCGUGGUAUACCGUCCUGUUCAUGUCUUCCAAAUUUCGAGGGCAGUCCACCGAAUUGUAGACCUGAAUGCUCUAUUAAUGAGGACUGCGCUAGUAAUCUGGCCUGUAUCAAUCAGAAAUGUAAAGAUCCUUGUCCAGGUUCUUGUGGAAUUAAUGCUAAUUGCCAAGUUUUAAAACAUAUUUCAGUGUGUACAUGUAUUGAAAAUUACACUGGUAACGCAUUUACACAAUGUACUGUUAUCCCAUUAAUAGUAAAUGAAGACCCGUGUAAUCCGUCUCCUUGUGGAGCAAAUGCUGAGUGUUUUGAAGGAAAAUGUAAUUGUAUUGGGGACUUCCAAGGUGACCCGUAUCUUGAAUGUCGGCCAGAAUGCGUACAAAGUUCUGAAUGUGACCGUACUCAAGCAUGUAUAAAAAAUAAGUGCAAAGAUCCUUGUCCUGGCACUUGUGCAUCUAAUGCAAUUUGCAACGUGGUAAAUCACAUACCUAUGUGUAGUUGUCCCGAACGUAUGACAGGCAACGCUUUUACGGAGUGUAGACCUAUUAUAGAAUCAACUCCUGUAAAUCCUUGUCAACCAUCACCAUGUGGUCCUAAUAGUCAGUGCAAAGAAAUAAAUGGACAAGCUGCAUGCUCGUGCGCUCCAAAUAAUAUCGGAUCGCCACCUUCUUGCCGUCCUGAAUGUACCAUAAGCUCCGAGUGCUCGCUGAACCGCGCAUGCAGUAAUCAACGUUGUGUUGAUCCCUGUGUUGGUUCAUGCGGCGUAAAUUCUGAGUGUAAAGUAGUAAAUCAUAAUCCCAUAUGCACUUGUCCAACAACAUAUUCAGGAGAUCCAUUUUCUAGAUGUUUUAAACUCCCAGAAAGCAUACCAGAACCUGUGAAUCCAUGUACACCGUCUCCGUGUGGACCUAACUCACUUUGCAGAGAGGUUAAUGACGUACCCACGUGUACAUGUUUACAAGGAUAUGUUGGCCAACCUCCGAAUUGUAGACCAGAAUGUGUAAGCAAUGAAGAAUGUUCUACGCAUAUGUCUUGUAUUAAUAUGAAAUGUAAAAAUCCUUGCGAAGGUGCGUGUGCUCCAAAUGCAGAAUGCAGAGUUGUUAGUCAUUCACCGAUUUGCUUAUGUCCUAUUGGAUUUACUGGAGAUCCAUUAUUCAAUUGUAUUCAAGAGCCUAUCUAUUCAGAGCCGAUUACUACACCAUGUUCGCCUUCGCCAUGUGGAAUUAAUGCAAUAUGUAAGGAAAGAAACAAUGCAGGAUCAUGUUCGUGCAUCGAGAGUUAUAUUGGAAAUCCAUACGAAGGCUGUCGACCAGAAUGUGUAGUUAAUACCGAUUGCCCCUCUAAUAUGGCGUGUAUUAAUAAUAAAUGUGCAAACCCAUGCCCUGGAAGCUGUGGUAACUAUGCCGAAUGCCAAGCAGUAAAUCAUGUACCCUUAUGCACUUGUAAGUCCGGAUAUACGGGAGAUCCAUUUAGAUAUUGCGUCUACCAAGAACCAAUAACACCAUCAGCUCCUGUUGAUAUAUGUUAUCCAUCUCCAUGCGGUCCUAAUAGCCAGUGCAAAAAUAUUAAUAAUCAAGCUGUAUGCUCAUGUCUACCGGAAUAUGUAGGAUCUCCUCCUAAUUGUCGUCCAGAAUGUGUUGUGAGCUCUGAGUGUUCACAAAACAAAGCUUGUGUUAAUAAUAAAUGUAUAGAUCCAUGUCCUAAACCAUGUGGUCAGAAUACAAACUGCAAAGUUAUUAAUCAUAGUCCAAUUUGUUCAUGCAAUCCUUCAUUUACUGGAGAUCCUUUCACCAUUUGCACUCCUGUAAGAAAUGAUAUGCCUCUAGAUGUUAUUAAUCCAUGUAUACCGUCUCCAUGUGGUCCUAAUUCAGAAUGCCGUAAUAUUGGGAAUAAUCCAUCAUGUUCAUGCUUACCUACUUUUGUGGGCAGUCCACCAAAUUGUAGACCGGAAUGCACUAUACACUCUGAUUGUCCCAGUGAUCGUGCUUGUAUAAAUUCAAGAUGCCAAGAUCCAUGCCCCGGUGCCUGUGGGCUAUCUGCUACAUGCACUGUACUUAAUCAUAUUCCAAUUUGUACUUGUAUAGAGGGUUAUAUAGGAGAUCCAUUCACUAGUUGUAAAUUGAAACCAAUACAAGUUGAACCUUCAGUCGUAGAUGCUUGUGCAAAUAUACGUUGCGGUGCAAAUGCAGAAUGUGUUGAUGGCCAAUGUCAAUGUUUACCCGAAUAUCAAGGUGAUCCGUACUUCAACUGUCGUCCAGAAUGUAUAUUCAGUACAGAAUGUGACCAGACCAAAGCUUGUGUACAAAGAAAAUGCGUCGACCCAUGUACCAACGCAUGCGGUCAAAAUGCUGCUUGUCAAGUAGUUAACCAUAUUCCUAUGUGUAGUUGCCAAAAUGGAUUUACUGGAAAUGCAUUUGUAAUAUGCAACCCGGUCCAAGCGCCUCCUACUGGGAACCCAUGUAGCACUGCAGUAUGUGGGCCCAACAGUCAAUGCCGAGAGAUUAAUAACCAAGCCGUUUGUUCAUGUUUGCCAACAUAUUUGGGUAUACCACCUGCUUGUAGACCGGAAUGUGUUGGUAGUGCAGAAUGUCCACAAAAUAAAGCCUGUACAAAUCAGAAAUGUGUAAAUCCUUGUAUUGGAGCGUGCGGACUGAAAGCUAUGUGUGAAGUUAUUAAUCAUAAUCCAAUUUGUACCUGCCCACCGGCCCAUUCUGGUGAUCCAUUUGUGGAGUGUACCUUUAUAUCAAAUGCUCCUCCUGUAAUCAUAAAUCCAUGUCAACCAUCACCUUGUGGACCUAAUUCUAUAUGUCAGGAUGUAGAUGGCACUCCGUCGUGCACCUGUAUGCCUGAAUAUAAAGGUCAACCACCAUAUUGUAAACCAAAAUGCAUAAGUAAUAGUGAAUGCGCAAUUCAUUUGGCUUGUAUGAAUCAAAAAUGUAAAGAUCCUUGUAUUAGGGCUUGUGGUACCAACGCAGAAUGCCGUGUAGUUAGUCAUUCCGCUAUGUGUGUAUGCCCACAAGGCUAUGUUGGAGACCCAUUCACACAAUGUCUUUUACAAACACCAACAGAAAUUUUAACACCAUGUUCUCCCUCGCCUUGCGGCCCUAACGCUAUUUGUAAAGAACAAAAUAAAGUGGGAUCCUGUAUUUGCAAUAAUGGAUAUUUUGGAAAUCCGUAUGAAGGUUGUCGUCCAGAAUGUGUAACUGAUUCAGAUUGUUCAGGAAAUAAAGCCUGUAUAAGAAAUAAGUGCCAGAAUCCAUGUCCAGGUACAUGUGGAAUAAAUGCCGAAUGUACAACAGUAAAUCACUCUCCAUCAUGUACUUGCUUUACUGGUUAUACAGGUGAUGCUUUUAGACGCUGCAAUCCAAUACCUCCACAAGAUACUCCAGUCAACGUCUGUCAUCCAAGUCCAUGUGGUCCGAAUAGCCAAUGUAAAGUAGUAAAUGACCAAGCUAUAUGUAGCUGUUUAACCAAUUUCAUUGGUAAACCGCCUUCAUGCAAACCUGAAUGUUUACUGAAUUCUGAUUGUUCUUCAGACAAGGCUUGUGUUAAUAAAAAAUGCGUUAAUCCAUGUCUUAAAACUUGUGGUCUACAGUCUGAAUGUAGAGUAUUUAAUCAUAACCCUAUAUGUAGCUGCAGGUCAGGUUUUACGGGAGAUCCAUUUACAAGAUGCUAUCCUAAACCAGAACCACAGCCAACUAUACAUGAAAUAACAGAUCCAUGUGUGCCUUCCCCGUGCGGUCCAAAUGCUAUUUGUCGUAUUUCCGGUGUACAACCCUCAUGUUCAUGUUCUUCUGGAUACUUUGGAAGUCCUCCAAAUUGUCGACCCGAAUGUAUAACAAACCAAGAUUGUAUUAGUUCUCUCGCUUGUAUUAGAGAAAAAUGUUCAGAUCCUUGCCUCGGUUCGUGUGGAUUAAAUGCUCAGUGUAAAGUUAUAAAUCACGUUUCUAUUUGCACAUGCAACGAAGGUUUUAAGGGCGAUCCAUUCAAUGUGUGUACAUUCAAGCAAGCAGAAGAACCAACUCCUGUAGAUGCAUGCAAUCCAUCGCCUUGUGGUCCCAAUGCAGAUUGCAAUAACGGUGUGUGCACAUGUUUAGCAGAAUACCAGGGCGAUCCUUACAUAGGUUGUCGACCUGAAUGUACAGUUAGCACAGAUUGCUUGAAAAAUCAAAUAUGUGCGAGGAAAAAAUGUAUAAAUCCCUGUCCCGACACUUGCGGAGUCAAUGCAAUUUGUGAAGUUAUCAAUCAUAUUCCCAUGUGUAGUUGUCCUGCAGGACAUACUGGCAAUUCGUUUGUCUCUUGUAAUGUAGUGUUUGCUCCUCAACCAACAAAUCCUUGCAAUCCAAGUCCUUGUGGGCCUAACAGUCAAUGUCGAGAGAUAAAUAAUGUUGCUGUAUGUUCUUGCGUGCCCGGCUAUUCAGGAAAUCCACCAACUUGCCGUCCCGAAUGCACUACUAGUGCCGAAUGUUCUUUAAAUAAGGCUUGCAAUAAUUAUAAAUGCGUGGACCCUUGUAAUGGAGCUUGCGGCAUUGGUGCGCUUUGUGAAGUGAUAAAUCACAACCCUAUCUGCUCCUGUCCUAAUGAUUAUACAGGAGAUCCAUUUAGAAGAUGCAUUUUACGACCUUCAAUGCUACCACAAGUAAAUCCUUGUUUGCCAUCUCCUUGUGGUCCAAAUUCUAUAUGUCAAUCUUUAAAUGAGUCACCAAUAUGCACCUGCAUGCCGGAGUUCAUAGGAGCCCCGCCGAAUUGUCGUCCCGAAUGUACAAGUAACAGUGAAUGUGCGAACCACAUGGCUUGCAUAAAUAACAAAUGUGCGGACCCUUGCGUUGGUGCCUGUGGUUCAAUGGCACAAUGUCGUGUAGUCAGUCAUACACCUAAUUGUGUUUGUCCUCAAGGUUACUUAGGUGAUCCAUUUGUAGCAUGUACUGUGCAAGAAAUAAAUGUACCGUUAGAACGACCUACUCCGUGUACUCCAUCACCUUGUGGAAGCAACGCUUUAUGUAAAGAAAGAAAUAAUAUCGGUUCGUGCGUUUGCUUUCCUGGAUACUUUGGAAAUCCAUAUGAAGGAUGUCGACCAGAAUGUAGUGUUAAUACUGAUUGUCCAUCUGAUAAGGUCUGUCAACAAAAUAAAUGCCAAGACCCUUGUCCUGGCACAUGCGGUAAUAAUGCUCAAUGUCAAUCAAUAAAUCAUGCACCUAUAUGCACAUGUAUUCCUGGAUAUACAGGAAAUCCUUUUGAUAAUUGUUUUGUGCAACAAAAUGAACCACCGUCUAAUCCAUGCUCACCAUCACCAUGCGGACCGAACAGUAUUUGUAAAGUUAUAAACGAACAAGCCGUUUGUAGCUGUAGUCCUGAAUAUCGUGGUUCACCGCCAAAUUGUAGACCAGAAUGCGUAAUUAGUGCCGAAUGUCCAACAAACAAAGCAUGCAUAUCUCAGAAAUGUAGUGAUCCAUGUGAAAGACAAUGUGGGCAAAAUGCUAAAUGUCAAGUUAUUAAUCAUAGCCCAAUAUGUACUUGUAUAGAACGCUUCACUGGAGAUCCUUUUAGUCGAUGCUAUCCAUUAAUGUUCGAUGCCCCAAUAGAAAUUCCAAAAGAUCCAUGCCUUCCAUCUCCUUGUGGUCCAUUUAGUGAAUGUAAAGAUAUCGGAGGCAUACCUUCUUGUUCAUGUCAAUCUAAUUAUAUUGGUGCUCCACCUGGUUGUCGUCCUGAAUGUACUAUAAAUUCAGACUGCCCAAGUAACUUAGCUUGUAUAAAUAAAAAAUGUAAAGACCCUUGUCCAGGUUCAUGUGGAUUAAAUGCCCAAUGUACAGUAAAUAAAAAUGUGCCAAUUUGCACAUGUUUGCAAAAUUACAUCGGAGAUGCUUUUACUAAAUGCGAAUUGCAAGAAGUAACAUACGAUGAAAAAGAUCCCUGUAAUCCAUCGCCAUGUGGUGCCAAUGCCAUAUGUAAUAACGGGCAAUGUACUUGUCUUCCGGAGUAUCAGGGAGAUCCUUAUGUAGAAUGUCGUCCAGAAUGUGUUCUUAGCUCAGAUUGUCCUCAAGACAAAGCAUGUCAAAGAAACAAAUGUAUAAAUCCUUGCAACGUUAAUGUGUGUGCUUCGAAUGCUCUUUGUGAAGUUAUUAAUCAUAUACCUAUGUGUCGAUGUUCUGAACGGAUGUCUGGAAAUGCUUUUAUUCAGUGUUUCCCCGUUGAAGUGGAAAAACCUCAACCAUGCCAGCCCAGUCCGUGUGGGCCUAACAGUCAAUGUCGAGAUGUAAAUGGGCAAGCAGUAUGCUCUUGUUUAUCUGGUUUCAUUGGAAUUCCACCUUCCUGUAGACCCGAAUGUAUAGUAAGCACUGAUUGUUCACCAAGUGAAGCAUGUACAAACAGAAAAUGCGUCAAUCCAUGUCAAGGGGCCUGUGGAGUCGAAGCUAAAUGUCAAGUCAUAAAUCAUAAUCCAAUUUGUUCCUGCCCAUCUUCGUAUACUGGAAACCCAUUUGUUAGAUGUGUUUUCCAGGAAUUCACACCCGAACCGAUCAAUCCUUGUACACCAUCACCUUGUGGGCCCAAUUCCAUUUGCAAAGAAAUUUUAGGAUCUCCUUCCUGUUCUUGCAUGAUUGGGUUCACAGGCAAACCACCAUAUUGUAAACCUGAAUGCAUAAGUAAUUCUGAAUGUCCACUACAGAAAGCUUGUAUCAAUACGAAAUGUGUAGAUCCAUGUAUUGGAUCUUGUGGUAUAAAUGCGGAAUGUCAUGUGAUAAGCCAUUCACCAUCAUGUUCAUGUCAGGCAGAUUAUACAGGAAACCCAUUUACAGAAUGCCAUAAACAGGAAAUACAAUAUGAUACGGCAACUCCGUGCCAACCAUCACCAUGUGGCGCCAAUGCUAUAUGUAAAGAAUUUAAUGGUGCUGGAUCUUGCACUUGUGUGUCUGGUUAUCAAGGCAAUCCAUAUGAAGGCUGUCGACCAGAAUGUUUAAUAAGUACGGAUUGUCCAUCAGAUAAAACAUGUGUACAAAAUAAAUGUCAAGACCCUUGUCCAGGAGCCUGUGCCCCGAAUGCUUUUUGUUUAGCCAUCAAUCAUGCUCCAUCAUGCUCCUGUGUUCAAGGCUUCACUGGAGACCCGUUCCGUUAUUGUGCGCCUGAACAAAUUCAAAACACACCAGUAGAUGUCUGUCAACCAUCUCCAUGCGGACCGAACAGCAGAUGUCAAGAAGUUAAUAAGCAAGCAGUAUGCUCUUGUUUGCCAAAUUAUAUAGGAUCUCCCCCGGGUUGUCAUCCAGAAUGCAUCAUAAGCAAUGAAUGCCCAAAAGAUAAAGCUUGUAUAAAUCAGAGAUGUGAAAACCCUUGUAAUAAUGCUUGUGGAAUUAACACUGAGUGUAGAGUUAUAAAUCAUAGUCCAAUUUGCAUGUGUAAACCACAAUAUACCGGUGAUCCAUUCACCAGAUGUAUUCCAAUAACACCACCUGUUUCAAAUUCAGUUUUGGAACCAUACAAAAAUCCUUGUUUACCAUCUCCAUGUGGACCAAAUUCAAUUUGCCAAGAAAUAGGAAACGUUCCAUCGUGUGCUUGUAUGAUAAAUUACAUUGGCACUCCACCAAAUUGUAGACCCGAAUGUACCAUAAAUGCAGAAUGCCCUACUUCUCAAGCAUGUAUUCAACAAAAAUGUCGAGAUCCUUGCCCUGGUUCUUGCGGUAUAAAUGCUAUAUGCUCAGUUUCGCGACACAAUCCUAUAUGUACAUGCCCCGAUGGCUAUACUGGUGAUGCCUUCACAGUUUGUACACCAAAACCACCUGAAGCUGAUAGUCCCAUUGAUAAAUGUAAUCCAUCACCAUGUGGUACUAAUGCUAUAUGCAGAGAAGGUGUAUGCUCUUGUAUUGAGGAACAUCAGGGUGAUCCGUACAUCGGAUGUCGACCAGAGUGCGUGUUAAGUACUGAUUGCCCAAGAGAAAAGGCUUGUUUGAGAAAUAAGUGUGUAAAUCCUUGCAAAGGAACAUGCGCUACGAACGCCAUUUGUGAUGUAAUAAAUCAUAUUCCUAUGUGCAGUUGUCCUCAAGGAAUGACUGGCAAUGCUUUUUAUGGAUGUGAAUUGAUAAAAGUACCUGUAGAAACUAAUCCGUGUCUACCAUCGCCAUGUGGACCUAAUAGCCAAUGUAGAGAAAUAAAUGGACAAGCUGUAUGUACUUGUGUACAAGGAUAUAUAGGCAGCCCACCAUUAUGUCGACCAGAAUGCGUUGUUAGUUCAGAUUGCGCGCCCAACAAAGCGUGUUCUAAUCAGAAAUGUAUAGAUCCUUGUACCGGAUCAUGCGGUGUUGAAGCUAAAUGUAAUGUUGUUAAACAUAACCCAAUAUGUACUUGUCCACCUACGUAUACUGGAGAUCCGUUUAUAAGAUGUUUACCAUACAGACCUCAACAUACUGAUAUUACACCUUGUACGCCUUCACCGUGUGGGCCAAAUUCAAUAUGUAAAGAAGUGGGAGGAACUCCCUCUUGCACUUGUAUGCCAAACUUCUUUGGUUCACCACCGUACUGCAGACCAGAAUGUUCCAGUAAUAGUGAAUGUCCUUCUGAUAAAGCCUGCAUUAAUCAAAAGUGUAAAGAUCCUUGUGUUGGUGCCUGCGGUAUUAAUGCACUCUGCAAAACAAUAAGUCAUUCUCCAAUGUGCUUCUGUGAAAGUGGCUAUAAUGGUGAUCCAUUCCUAAAUUGCGCUUUGCAACAAGACGCAAUUCCAGCUAAACCCACACCUUGUGAACCCUCACCAUGCGGACCUAACGCCAUCUGUAAAGAAUACAAUUCUGCUGGCUCUUGUAUUUGCCUUCCUGAAUAUAUUGGAAAUCCAUAUGAAGGUUGCCGUCCAGAGUGUACAGUGAACACUGAUUGUACACCCAAUAAGGCUUGCAUACGUAACAAAUGUCAGGACCCGUGUCCUGGUACGUGUGGAUACAUGGCUACAUGUGCUGUCGUUAACCACUUACCCACUUGUAGUUGCUAUCCCGGCUAUUCUGGAGAUCCUUACCGUAGAUGUGACAUUAUAAAUGAACCAAAUCCAGAACCAGCAACUCCUUGUUUACCAAAUCCUUGUGGACCUAAUAGUAUUUGUCGUCCGGUCAAUGAUCAGAGUGUAUGUUCAUGCCAACCGAACUAUGUCGGCUCACCUCCAAGUUGCAGACCAGAAUGUGUUGUGAGUUCAGAAUGUGCCUCGGAUAAAGCCUGUAUAAAUAAAAAAUGUACUGACCCUUGUCCAGGGCAUUGCGGUACAAAUACUGAUUGCAGAGUAAUCAAUCAUAGUCCUAUAUGCUCUUGUCGUUCAGGUUUUAUAGGAGAUCCAUUCACACGUUGUUAUUCACAACCAACUCUAGAACUUCCUCCAGAACCAAAUCGUAAUCCGUGUUUACCAAAUCCCUGUGGCGAAAACGCAAUAUGCCGCGAUAUCAAUAACACUCCAUCUUGUACUUGUAUGCCGAAUUAUCAAGGGCUUCCACCGAACUGUCGACCUGAAUGUGCUAUUAAUCAGGACUGUCCACUUGACAAAGCGUGCAUGAAUUUGAAAUGCCGUGACCCAUGUCCUGGUAGUUGUGGUCAACAGGCAGUUUGUACCGUUUUUAAUCAUUUCCCUGCAUGUACAUGCCCACAAGGUUAUACUGGUGAUCCAUUUACGCACUGUAUCCUUCAAUUACCAAGUAAUGAUGAAAUACCAAUCGACUCUUGUAAUCCAUCACCAUGUGGAUUUAAUACGAAUUGUAGGGAUGGAAUAUGCACUUGUCUAAAUGAAUAUUAUGGUGAUCCAUAUAUCGGGUGCAAACCCGAGUGCAUUAUAAACAUGGAUUGCUCGACAGACAAGGUAUGCUCUAGAAACAAAUGCAUUAAUCCAUGUCCAGGACCUUGUGCUUCGACUGCGCACUGUAAUGUUUAUAAUCACAUACCUAUUUGCUCUUGUCCUGAAGGAACAUCAGGAAAUGCAUUUAUAGGAUGUAAUACGGUCGAAAUUAUGAAAGUAGAACCUUGUAAUCCAAGUCCAUGUGGACCAAACAGUCAAUGUCGUCCGAUAAAUAACCAAGCUGUAUGUUCAUGCUUACCAACAUUUAUUGGCAGUCCGCCUUCGUGUCGACCAGAGUGUUCAAUUAACGCUGAAUGUCCAUCCAACGAAGCAUGCAACAACCACAAAUGUAUUAAUCCUUGUGUAGGUUCCUGUGGUUAUGGAGCAAAAUGUGAAGUUAUCAAUCAUAAUCCUAUAUGUUCAUGUCCGCAGCAAUAUACAGGAGAUCCGUUUACGUAUUGCAAUCCAAUAGUUGCAUCACCUUUACCACCUGUUGAUCCUUGUACACCAUCACCGUGUGGACCAUAUUCUAUUUGUAAAGUAAUUGGGGACUCUCCAUCAUGCGUUUGCCAAACUGACUAUAGUGGUUCACCGCCUAAUUGCCGACCAGAAUGCAUUAGUAAUUCCGAAUGUCCGAAUCAUCUAGCUUGUGUCAAUCAAAAAUGUAAAGACCCAUGUCCAGGGAGCUGUGGAUAUAAUGCGGAUUGCAGAGUUGUCAGUCACGCUCUGGUUUGUUCUUGCCCAUUUGACAAAACUGGAGAUCCUCUCAUUUCUUGUAAUUCAUUUGAAGAUACGCAAAUAGAAUAUAAUUCACCCUGUGAACCUUCACCGUGUGGAAUUAAUGCUGUAUGUAUAGAAAGAAAUGGAGCUGGAUCAUGUAAAUGUGUCGAAUCUUUCAUUGGUAAUCCAUAUGAAGGAUGUCGACCAGAAUGUGUAAUAAAUAGUGAUUGCCCUCCAAUGUUGGCUUGCGUUCAAAAUAAAUGCAAAAAUCCGUGUCCAGGAGUGUGCGCACCUAAUGGAUUGUGUCAAGUUAUAAAUCACUUACCAUCAUGUUAUUGUCCACCUGGUCUCACAGGCAACGCUUACUCAUAUUGUAUUGAAAAAACAGAAGAUGUUCAAAAGCCUACUCCAUGCACACCAUCGCCGUGUGGUCCUAAUAGUCAAUGUCGUGAAGUAAACUCUCAAGCAGUAUGUAGUUGUCAAACUGACUUUAUGGGAACGCCACCAAACUGUCGUCCAGAAUGUACAAUCAACAGUGAAUGCCCAAGUGACAAAGCGUGUGUUAACAGGAAAUGUGUAGAUCCUUGUGUAGGACAAUGUGCUAGAAAUGCUGUUUGUAGAGUAUUUUCACACAACCCAAUAUGCUCAUGUCAAGACCAGUAUACCGGUGAUCCUUUUACGAACUGUAUACCAAUGCCAAUCCAAAUUCCAACUCCACAGCCUCCCGCGAAUCCUUGUGUGCCAUCACCAUGUGGACCGAAUUCACUAUGUCAAGAAUAUGGCGGCAAUGCCCGAUGUACCUGCCUUCCGAAUUAUAUAAGUUCACCACCAAACUGUAGACCAGAAUGUACUAUUAAUUCUGAAUGCAACGCUAUUAAAUCAUGCAUAAACAAUAGAUGCAUAGAUCCUUGUCCUGGAGCAUGCGGAAAUAACGCUCAAUGUAAUGUCAACAAUCAUCUCCCCAUCUGUUCCUGUUUGCCUGGAUUCACCGGUGAUCCAUUUAGUAAUUGUGCUAUCAUAAAUGAAGAACCAACCGAUCCAUGUUCUCCAUCACCUUGUGGUUCAAAUGCCAUUUGUCGUGAUGGUGUUUGUUCCUGUAUAGAAGAAUAUCACGGCGACCCCUAUAUUGGAUGUAAACCUGAAUGCAUCCUGAAUUCCGAUUGUCCACGAGAUAAAUCCUGCAUAAAAUACAAAUGUGCAGAUCCUUGUAUCGGAACAUGUGGAACUGAUGCUAUAUGUGAAACUAUUAAUCACAUACCCAUGUGUUCAUGUCCGCUAGGAACCACUGGAUCUCCAUUUUCUUAUUGCUCUAAAAUAAACUCAGACAUAUCGCUACCAAUCAACUUAUGUGAACCUUCUCCAUGUGGACCUUAUAGUCAGUGCAGAGAUAUAUCAGGACAUGCUGUAUGUGUCUGUGUCCAAGGUUUCAGCGGUAGUCCUCCAAAUUGCCGACCCGAAUGCGCUGUAAGCUCCGACUGUAACCUUAACCGAGCUUGCUCUAAUCAAAAAUGCAUAGACCCAUGUCCUGGAGCUUGUGGACGCAACACGCAGUGUAUAGUAGUAAAUCACAAUCCAGUUUGUACCUGCUUGUCAGGCUACUCUGGGGAUCCGUUUUCAGUGUGUCAAUUAAUACCUGCUACACCGCCAGUAAAAGUCAACCCUUGCUUACCUUCACCAUGUGGACCUAAUUCGCAAUGCUCUGAAAAUGGCGAGUUUGCUGAUUGUCGAUGCUUGCCAGAGUUCAUUGGUUUUCCACCCAACUGUCGACCUGAAUGUACUAGUAACACAGAUUGCCCGUCAAACACGGCUUGUUUAAAUAGAAAGUGUAGAGAUCCAUGCCCCGGUUCUUGUGGCAUGAACGCAGAAUGUCGAGUUGUGAGUCAUACACCUAUUUGUUUGUGUCAAAACGGAUUCACAGGCGAUCCUUUCUAUUCCUGUAAUCCUGAAAUAGCUGCCACGAUAGAAGAACGUCCUACUCCUUGUGUACCGUCACCAUGUGGAGUCAAUGCCGAAUGUAGAGAGCAAAAUAAUGUUGGAUCCUGUACAUGUUUACCAGGAUACUUUGGAAAUCCUUAUGAAGCUUGCAAACCAGAAUGUAUUCUUAGUUCUGAUUGUCCUUCAAAUCUGGCAUGUAUGCAAAACAAAUGUAAUGAUCCUUGUCCUGGUACCUGUGGUAUAAACGCUUUGUGUAAUGUUAUAAAUCAUAUUCCAACAUGUACAUGUCUCGAACAAUAUUAUGGUGAUCCCUAUAAGAUAUGUACAAUCAAAAUUCAGAUGGAGCCAUCGGAUCCUUGCAAUCCUUCCCCGUGCGGACCUUACAGUGUUUGCAAAUCUCAGAAUGGUUUAGCUAUAUGUACCUGUUCAAAUGGAUAUCAAGGUUCACCACCAAUGUGUCGCCCGGAAUGUAUUACUAGCUCUGAAUGUUCAUUGGAUAAAGUCUGCGAAAAUUUGAAAUGUAUUUCUCCUUGUCCCAAAGCCUGUGGUGUGAAUACAGACUGUAAAAUGAUCAACCAUAAUCCUAUAUGUACAUGUAGACAAGGUUAUACUGGAGAUCCAUUUACUAUUUGUUAUAUAUUGCCAAAGCCUCAAAAUUCAGUUGAGGAAUUUGUUAAUCCAUGUGUUCCUUCCCCAUGUGGGCUAAAUGCAGAAUGUCGAGAUAUAGGAAGAAUACCUUCUUGUACAUGUAUGAUUGGCUUCUUUGGUAGCCCACCUAAUUGUAAACCAGAAUGUGUUAUAAAUACAGACUGCAGCAAUAAUAAAGCUUGUAUAAACAUGAAAUGUCAAGAUCCUUGUUUGGGGUCAUGUGGAGUAAAUGCUAUUUGCAAUGUUAUUAAUCAUGUACCAGUAUGUUCGUGUCUAGUUGGAUAUCAAGGCGACCCAUUUUCGUCAUGUGUUAUUAAACCAUCAGAACGUCCUCAAGAAGCAGACCCAUGCAAUCCAUCACCGUGUGGCCCUAACGCAAAGUGUAAUAACGGUGUCUGUACAUGCUUGCCUGAAUAUCAAGGCGAUCCAUAUUUCGAAUGUCGACCUGAAUGUGUGUUAAGCUCUGAUUGUCCUCUAGAUAAGGCUUGCUUACAAUUAAAAUGUAUUGAUCCAUGUCGUAAUAUGUGCGGCAUAAACGCGGAAUGCAAUGUUUAUAACCACGUUGCAGUAUGUAGUUGUCCAAGUGGUACAACAGGAAGUCCUUUUGUAGAGUGCACCAAGAUAGAAAAACCUGUUACUAAACCAUGUGAACCAUCUCCAUGUGGACCCAAUAGCGUAUGCCGGGAAGCAAAUGGUCAAGCUGUAUGUGCUUGUAUACAAGGUUUUAUAGGAAAUCCUCCUAAUUGCCGUCCAGAAUGCAUUCAAAGCACAGAUUGCUCUCCAAAUCUAGCUUGCAUAAAUCGUAAAUGUCAGGAUCCGUGUCCUGGCUCUUGUGGGCAUAAUGCUUUAUGUGAUGUUAAAAAUCAUAAUCCAAUAUGUACCUGCCCGGAGAGAUAUACUGGAUCACCAUUCAAUCACUGUUACGUUCAACGUUUGGAUGAACCAGCAAUUAAUCCAUGUGUACCCUCGCCGUGUGGUCUAAAUAGCGUUUGCACCGUAACUCCUGAUAAAAAGUCACAUAAUUGCGUUUGUCAACCAACUUUUGAGGGUAUUCCCCCACAUUGUCGCCGAGAAUGUUCUUCAAAUGAUGAAUGCCCUUCAAACAAAGCGUGUAUCAACUAUAAAUGCUCAGAUCCUUGCCCCGGCUCUUGUGGAAUAAAUACAAUAUGCGCAGUGCAUCUACAUAGUCCCAUGUGUUCUUGCCAAAAUGGUUAUACAGGCGAUCCAUUUACAUCAUGCUAUCCUAAACCCAUAGCUACCGAGUCUAUAGAUCCAUGUAACCCUACUCCAUGUGGCUCAAAUGCACGUUGUAAAGUAUCAACAAAUGGAGCUGCAGCUUGCAUAUGUGAACCUGAUUACUUUGGAAAUCCGUAUGAAAAUUGUAGACCAGAAUGUGUCGUCAAUACUGAUUGUCCAUUUAAUAAAGCUUGUCGAAAAAAUCGUUGUGAAGAUCCCUGCCCAGGAGUAUGCGGCUCAACAGCAAUUUGUCAAGUAAUCAAUCACGUACCGACCUGUAACUGUGCCCCUGGUUAUACAGGAAAUCCAUACCAAUACUGUCAUAUACUUAUAAAUGAUAAUGUACCUCCAGCAGGAAACCCAUGUAUACCAAACCCGUGUGGAAUCAAUACCGUCUGUAAAGAUAAUAAUGGCUUAGCAACAUGUUCAUGUAUGCCCGAGUUUUACGGAUCUCCUCCAAAUUGUCGUCCUGAGUGUACUAUUAAUGCAGAGUGUACAGCCACAACCAGUUGUGUAAGACAGAAAUGCAUCAAUCCAUGUACAGACGCCUGCGGACAGAAUGCUGAAUGCAGAGUAGUAAAUCACGCGCCAAUUUGUACAUGCCGACAAGGUUUUGAUGGAGAUCCUUUUAUAAGAUGCGCCAUAAUAAAAGUUACAUCACCAGCACCUGAACAGAACCCAUGUCUGCCAUCGCCAUGUGGACCAAAUGCUCUGUGUCAAGUAACCAAUAAAAUUCCUGUAUGCUCAUGUAUGAGUAACUAUGUCGGAUCACCACCAAACUGUAGAGCAGAGUGUACUAUCAAUUCAGACUGUCCAAGUAUUAUGGCUUGUGUAAAUCAAAAGUGUCAAGACCCUUGUCCUGGUUCUUGUGGAAUCCAAACAGAAUGUCAAGUUUAUCAACAUUCUGCCAUUUGCAGUUGUAAAGAAGGAUAUACCGGAAAUCCGUUUGUUAGUUGUCACCCCCUUGAAAAUAUAGAACCUUUACCUAGUGUAUAUGAUAAGUGCAAUCCGACUCCGUGCGGAUCAAAUGCGGACUGUAAUGACGGAAAAUGUACAUGUAGACCUAAUUAUUUCGGAAAUCCUUACUUAAGCUGUCGACCAGAAUGCACACAAAAUGCUGACUGUGCUCCAAAUUUGGCAUGCAUAAAUAACAAAUGUAUCAAUCCGUGCGUAAACUUAUGUGGUCAAGGUGCACAAUGUGAUGUUUAUAAUCAUAUUCCCGUGUGUAGUUGUCCUCCAAAUACUACAGGAAGCGCAUUCUUCGCUUGUACUCCGAUAACUGUUAAGUUAGAAAAGAAAAAUCCAUGUCAACCGUCUCCUUGCGGACCAUAUAGUGUAUGUCGAACUUUAAAUGACCAAGCGGUCUGUUCAUGUUUGAUUGGAUAUAUGGGUGUGCCGCCGUCAUGCAGACCCGAAUGUUUGAUAAACUCUGAUUGCACAAGUACGAUGUCGUGUUCCAAUCAAAAAUGUAUAGACCCAUGCCGUGGAUCAUGCGGAUUGAACGCUGAAUGCAAAGUUCACAACCACAGACCAAUUUGUUAUUGUCGAAAUGGAUUUACAGGAGAUCCGUUCACUCAGUGCAGAAUAGUCAAUCAAGAUCAACCACCUGUUAAGCCAACUCCAUGUAACCCAUCACCAUGUGGAUCAAAUUCAAUUUGUCGAGCAAUUAACGAAUCUCCAUCCUGCUCAUGUUCAACUGGCUUUAUUGGAAAUCCACCAUAUUGUCGCCCUGAAUGCGUCACGAACAGUGAGUGUAGUUUCGACAAAGCAUGUAUAAACAACAAGUGUGCAGACCCAUGUCUCGGAGCUUGCGGUCGCAAUGCCGAAUGUAGAGUUAUUAGUCAUUCACCACAAUGUGUCUGUAACCAAGGAUAUGAAGGAGACGCUUUUGAUUCGUGCACACCUAUUGCCGCUGUUAAACCAGUUGAUCAAGUAAAACCAUGCUUGCCAAAUCCAUGUGGACCAAACGCUAUCUGCCAGGAACGCAAUAAUAUUGGUAGUUGUACUUGCGUAAAUGGAUACUUCGGCAAUCCUUAUGAGGGUUGUAGACCAGAAUGUCUCCUCAAUUCUGACUGUGCGGCAAAUUUGGCUUGCAUUAAUAAUAAAUGCCAAGACCCAUGUCCGGGAUUAUGUGGUACCAAUGCUCAAUGUCAAAUUGUGAAUCAUCUAGCGCAAUGUAUUUGUAAAUUUGGAUAUGUGGGUAAUCCAUAUCGUAUUUGUACUUAUAGAGAAGAAAAACCAACUGAACCAUGCAAUCCAUCGCCCUGUGGACCGUAUAGUAUCUGCAAAACUGUUAACGAUAAAGCAAUUUGUACAUGUGAACCAGAAUAUAUUGGUGCACCACCUAAUUGUCGUCCAGAAUGUCUCACAAGUUCCGAGUGUCCACUUAAUAAGGCUUGUAUCAAACAGAAAUGUGUAGAUCCCUGUAUUGGAAUGUGCGGGGAAAACGCACAAUGCCGGGUUCAUCAUCAUAGUCCCUAUUGUACUUGUUUACCCAACUUUGAAGGUGAUCCGUUUAUCAGAUGUAUUAAGGAGAUUUCAAUGACUCCACCGGUACCCUCGCCCUGUGAACCUAAUCCAUGCGGUCCAUAUUCAACGUGUAGAGACCAUGGUGGUUCGGCCAUUUGUAGCUGUAAUCCGGGUUAUGUUGGAGCUCCACCACGCUGCGCUCCCGAAUGUACCAUUAACGAGGACUGUUCUAAUGAUAAAGCUUGCGUCAGAGAGAAAUGUGUUGAUCCUUGUAUUGGAUCCUGUGGAGCUAACACAGAGUGUCGACCGAUGAACCACCUUGCAAUAUGUACUUGUUUAUCUGGCUACCGUGGCAAUUCCUUUGAAGGCUGUUACAUGGAUUAUGAACCUGUAAAGCCCGUAGAUCUGUGUGCACAUUACCCUUGUGGUAUUAAUGCAGUUUGUGAUAACGGAACAUGUUCAUGCAUUACUGGAUACCACGGAAAUCCUAUCAUCGAGUGCCGACCGGAAUGCACAACGGAUAAUGAUUGUUCAAAACAAAUGGCCUGUGUUAAUUAUAAAUGCAAAGACCCUUGUAAUAAAGCGUGUGGCAUUGGCGCAAUAUGCAACGUUUAUAACCACAUAGCUAUUUGUGAAUGUCCAGUACCUUUACAAGGAGAUCCUUUCUUGUCUUGUCGCGCUGCAGUGCCUGUUGUAUCAGAGGAUCCUUGCACACCAAAUCCAUGUGGGCCCAACAGCGUAUGCCGCGCGGCAGGUACCGUGGCACACUGUUCUUGCCAGCCUGCCACCAACCGUGGCCCACCCGGCUGUCGACCUGAGUGCCGUGCCAACUCCGAGUGUCCCCCUAACCGUGCUUGCCGCAACAACAAAUGUCAAGAUCCAUGUCCCGGUAGCUGUGGGGCACAUGCUAUAUGUCAUGUUCGAUCGCACUCUCCAAUUUGCACUUGCCCAUCUAAUUUCGUUGGUGAUCCAUUCAUUCGUUGUUUGCCAGCUAUUGAAGCUGAGCCGAAGAUACCAACGUGCCAGAACUGCGGUCCGAAUGCUGAUUGUGUUGAUAACCAAUGUCGCUGUCGAACUCAGUUCUUCGGGGAACCACCUUUUUGUCAAUACGAGUGUCUCAGUUCUAGCGACUGUGACUGGCAUCUCACUUGUGUCAAUAAACGUUGUGUGGAUCCGUGUCCUGGUGCUUGCGGCAGCGGAGCGGAGUGUUCACCGAUAGCACACGAACCGCGUUGCAAUUGUCCCCAAGGCACUACAGGGAAUCCUCUCAUUCAAUGUCGUCCCUUCGAGAACAUCCCUAUACCGCCAAAUCCAUGCAACCCAUCACCGUGCGGUCCUGGUGCAAUAUGUCGUACAAAAGGAGCUGGCGCUUCUUGCGAAUGUGAACCUGGUUUGCUCGGUGAUCCAUAUACUGGUUGCCGACCAGAAUGUCUUUCUGAUUCUGACUGUUCACCAACACAAGCUUGUAUACGAUCACACUGCAGAGACCCAUGCCAAGGAACUUGUGGUAUUGGUGCUGAAUGCGAAACAGUCAAUCAUAUACCAUUGUGCUCUUGUCCCCCUGGUACUAAAGGCAAUGCAUUUGAAAAGUGCGACAUCAUUAUGACUCCACCUCCAUGUACACCAUCUCCAUGUGGGCCAGGUGCACUAUGCAAUGUUGUUGGUAGCAGUGCCGUAUGCUCAUGUCCUAUCGGCACCAGUGGUGAUGCGGCCUCCACGGGCUGCCGACCCGAGUGUAUUGUUAGUUCUGAAUGUGCACGCGACCGCGCAUGUGUUCGCAACAAAUGUGUCGAUCCAUGCUUGGGCGCGUGUGGAAAUGGAGCACUAUGUCGCGUCUUCGAUCACGCACCCAUAUGCUCUUGUCCACCAUCGACAACAGGAGAUCCUUUCUUCCAAUGCCGCCCAGAAGAACCAGCACAAACAACGUACGAUCCGUGCGAUCCUAAUCCUUGUGGCCCACGUGGGACGUGCCGCGAUGGCUCUUGCACAUACCCAGAAUGUAUAGUUAACGAUGAUUGUCCAGGAGACCGAUCUUGUAUUAACAGAAAAUGUUCAGAUCCUUGUGUAAACGCGUGCGGAAUUAAUGCACUAUGUACUGGUGUAAGGCACAGUGCUGUUUGUUCAUGUCCUGUCGGAUAUACCGGUUCUGCGUUUGUACGUUGUGAAAGAGUACUCAUUCCGACUGCAGCUCCGCCUGUGCCUGAAUGUACUAGAGAUGACCAGUGUGAAGACAACUCGGCAUGUAUCAACUCCCGUUGUUCACCAGUUUGCGGACCCACAAAUUGCGGAAUUAACGCACGUUGUCUAGCCAGAGAACACAGAGCUCGAUGCGUAUGCUUACCUGGAUAUGAAGGAGAUGCAUACAGAGGGUGUUAUUCAGUGCAAUGUCAUAGCAAUAAUGAUUGCCCCGAUGAUGAAAGCUGUGAAAGUGGAUCAUGCGUUAAAGUAUGUACUCGUAUCCGCUGUGGUAUUAAUGCUCACUGUGUUGCCCGUGGACAUACGGCAACUUGUGAAUGUGAUAAUGGGACGGGUGGAAAUCCGUGGUCAUCCUGCCGCAGGGAUCAAUGUACUGGUGACGAAGAUUGUCCAACGUGGCUGGCUUGUAGACAAGCUAUGUGUCAAGAUCCUUGUCCUGGAGCGUGUGCCCAAGAAGCUCGUUGUACUGUAGUGCGUCACACACCAAUUUGUGAAUGCCCACGCGGCACUCAAGGCAAUCCUAAAAUUCAAUGUCUACCAGUAUUCCAACAAGUAGAGUGCCAAACAGACGCCGAGUGCGGACCCGAUCUGGCAUGUUUGCAAAAUAAUUGCAAGAACCCCUGCGAAAAUACGUCUUGCGGAAUCCGAGCUGUAUGUCGCGUGACAAACACAUUGCCAUUCCGCACACUUGUUUGUGAAUGUCCUUAUCCUCUUACCGGAGAUGCAGCUGUAGAAUGUAAUCCAAAAGGAGAAUGCAACGAAGACUCAGAGUGUAGAGAUGAAGAGCGGUGCGAAAACAAGCGAUGUAUCAACGUGUGUGAAACAUUGGCGUGCGGCGUUGGCGCAGAGUGUCGAGCCACGGCUCAUAGCGCCACCUGCCGCUGCAUACCUCCUUUACAGGGCGACCCACGUCAAGGCUGCACAGCGCCUAGUACACCCAAUAUAGAAUGUACAGUGGACUCCGAAUGCGGUACAACCGAAGCAUGCGUAGCACGACGUUGCGUGUCAGCGUGUGAGGGUGCUUGCGGCACUGGUGCGGUCUGUGAUGCACAGUAUCAUCGCGCACGUUGCCACUGUCCACCCGGUACCGCUGGCGAUCCUGCACGUUAUUGUUAUACACCUGAAUGCACUUCAGAUGAUAAUUGUCCAUUUGACAAGAGCUGUGCUAAUGGAUACUGUCAGGACCCAUGCGUUCUUGGAUCCCCGUGUGGCCGUGAUGCAACUUGUGAAGCAGUCGCUCAUGUUGCAACAUGUCGUUGUCCGCCUGGAACCCAGGGUGACCCUCAUCGUGCUUGCAUAUCAGUUGUAUGCCAGUAUAACGAAGAUUGUGAUGACUCGCAAAUAUGCAACCGACUCAAUCGCGUCUGCCAACCUGUUUGCUCAGAAAACAACUGUGCCAUUGGAGCUACCUGCAUAGCUCAAAAUCAUCAACCCGUGUGCACCUGCCCACCGGGCCGUUCUGGAGAUCCCUAUCUACGUGGUUGCGCUAAAGAAGUCACUCGUGAGUGUACUAUAGAUGCCGACUGCGCAUCGCCACUUGCAUGUGUCAAUUCACGAUGCACAGACCUUUGUGCUGUAAAUCCAUGCGACGUUGGCCUUCUCUGCAAAAUUGUCGAUAUAUUACCAUUACGUGCAGUAGCUUGCAUUUGCCCCGAUGGUGGACGCGUUACACCGGAUAGCAGUUGCCGAUCUCCACCUUCAGCAGAAUGUUCUUCUGACUCUGAAUGCCUUAUAAGUCAAAUAUGUCAUCGUGGAAGUUGCGUGGACGCAUGCAAAGCAGAUCCAUGUGGACAUAAUGCGCUCUGUGAAUCCAUAGAUCACGCAUCACGUUGCACUUGUCCUCCAGGAUAUAGUGGAAAUCCAAGAAUUGAAUGUAACACAGAACCAAGACAACCAUCUAUUGUGGAAUGCUACAGUGACGAUGAAUGCAAUUCAGAGCGUACAUGCAUAAAUCGCCUUUGUAUCAAUCCCUGCGCCGAUAUGUGUGGUCCCGGAGCUUUAUGCCGUGUCAUAGAUCAUAAACCGCAAUGUUCCUGCCCAAGAGGAUACACUGGCGUCGCCACUGUACAAUGUACAGCGCCUGUGGAUGGAUCUGCAAUACUAGUAGGUUGCAAAGCAAAUUCCGAUUGCCCGCUAUCGCAGGCAUGUAUAAAUGGCGCAUGCGCGGAUCCAUGUGCGUGCGGCACUCACGCCUCCUGUACUGUGCUGCGGCAUCACCCCGUAUGCUACUGUGAGUCCGGAUAUUCUGGAAAUCCAUACAUCGGUUGCACUAAAGUUGGCUGCAGUUCAGAUUCUGAAUGUACUGACAGCGAUACUUGUUACAAUGGUGCCUGUAUCAAUCCAUGUAUUUUAGAAGCUCCUUGUGCUAUCAGUGCCGAAUGUUAUGGCAAAGCUCAUCGUCCUAACUGUCGCUGCCCUGCGGGCACUACUGGAAAUCCUUACACCAGAUGCCAAUAUAUAGAAUGCCAAAUAAAUAACGAUUGCAAUGAUGACAGCAUUUGCGUAAAAGGAACAUGUCGCAAUGCAUGCUCUUCAGAAGGACAAAGACUUUGUGCGCCCAAUGCCGAAUGCUUUGCACGAAAUCAUGCAGCAUCUUGUAAAUGCCCCUCAACAUUACCUCUCGGAGAUCCUUUAACAUACUGUGAAAGAAGGCCAUCAAUUACACAAAUUGAAUGUCAAUACGAUAGCGACUGUCCUAGUAAACACGCUUGCUUAAGAGAUAAAUGUCGUGAAGCUUGUAUAGAACUAAAACCAUGUAAAGGCAAUUCUCGUUGUUCUGUUUCUGAUAGUGUACCAUUCCGAACUUUAAUAUGUCGCUGUCCAGAAGGAUAUACCCCUGAUGAAAAUGGCUCAUGUAAACCAGCGCAAUUACCACCACUUAGCUGUUCUUCUGAUGAUGAUUGUAGUGAUCAAGAAUCUUGUGUUAAUAGAAUUUGUCGUAAUCCAUGUAACUGUGGAGAAAAUGCUGAAUGUUUCAUUCGUAAUCACCGUCCAGUUUGCUCAUGUCUUGAUGGCUAUGAUGGAGAUCCAUAUCGCACAUGCCGUACAGUGGGUUGUCGUACCAACUCUGAAUGUGAAUCGAGCGAAGCAUGUAUUAAUGGUAAUUGUAUUAGCCCUUGUCUUUUGAAUAGUACUUGUGGACCUAACGCCGAAUGUUAUGUAGAAAGGAAUAAUCCACUGUGUCGCUGUCGCAUUGGUUUUGAGGGUGAUGCUUUUAUUGGAUGUAAUGCAAUUGAGUGUAGAUCUAACGGUGAUUGCCCACAAGAUAAACAAUGCCGUGCUCAUAGAUGUAUAGAUCCUUGCCUCUCUGGAAACACCUGUGGAAUUAACGCUAUUUGUCUUGUGCGAAACCAUCUCGCCGUUUGUAAAUGUGAACAAGGAUUCACCGGAAGUCCUUAUAUACAAUGUAAACCAGAAAUCACAUCUGAAUGUACUGUUGAUGCCGAUUGUCCGUCAAAAUUAGCGUGCUUAUCAUCUAAAUGCGUGAAUCCAUGUACAGUUCUGCGACCAUGUUCUACUCCAGCGCGCUGCGAUGUAUCAUCCACGCUGCCCGUACGCACUAUGCUGUGCACGUGUCCUCCGGGAUAUGUCAGUAGUGGAGGUGGAGUCUGUCGGCCGACAGAACCUAUCAAUAGCGUCGAAUGUGAAUUAGAUAACGAUUGUAAUACAAACCAUGCCUGCGUAACAUCCAUUUGUACCAACCCCUGUAAAUGUGGCCCGAACACUGAUUGCCAAAUUAAAGAUCAUAAACCCGUGUGCGCGUGUAGACCAGGAUUUAUAGGUGACGCACGAACUGGAUGCUAUGAAAUAAUAUGCAGAUCAGAUCAACAAUGUUCAGAUGAUGAAAGCUGCAUUAAUAGUCGUUGCGUCCCAGCUUGUUCCGUUGAACCUGAUAUAUGUGAACAAUCUGCCGAGUGCUAUGGCGUAAAUCAUCGAGCAUCCUGUCGUUGUAAGAUAGGCACUAUAGGAAACCCAUCGAUCGCGUGUACACCAAUUGGCUGUCGUGUAGACUCGGAAUGUCCACCCGACAAAUCGUGUGUGAAUUCAAAAUGCGUCAAUCCAUGUACAACAGAAACAUGCAACGAACCGGCAGAAUGUCGCGUACAUCUACACGAAGUACAUUGUGUGUGCCCACCGGGAUAUCAAAGCACUGACGCAGGUUGUAAUAAAACUCUAGAACCCCAAUGCAUAUCGGAUAUUGACUGUCCAUCUGGUACUGCGUGUUUAAACGCUAAAUGUGUCGACCCUUGCCUUGAGACAAAGCCUUGUGGUAUUAACGCAGAAUGUAAGGUCGUCAACACACUUCCAGUCCGAACGAUGGUAUGUGAAUGUUUAACCGGAUAUAGAGGAAAUGCUCUAAUUGAAUGUACACCUAAUAAAAUUCCAAGAGCAAAAUGCAUAGAGGGCCAAGGUGUUGAUACGUUAGGUGAAUGCGUGCCGUGUCACUACGAAAACGGUUACGUAGUGGACAGCCGUGGGCGUUGCGUGUGCGACACUGUUCGCGGGUACACGGCGCGUGGCGAUUCGUGCGUGCAAGCAGGCUGCGCCGCGGACGACGAAUGCGCCGAUCACGAGCGCUGCCUCAACCGCGGCUGCGUCGAUGCUUGCGCUGCCGAGCCCUGUGGCAUAUCAGCUAUUUGCAACGCCACUGACCACCGCUCCCACUGUACUUGCAAGCCCGGAUACUUUGGCAAUCCUAAAGUACAAUGUAAUUCCAGCACACCUCCAGAUAUUAGUUAUCGCACGGAUUUCCCUCUACCAGACAUGCAGGUACAUUGCUUAGCAAACGGAGUGCGUGUGAGCUUGAAGAUAAAGGACUUCAACGGAGUAUUAUAUGUAAAAGGCUACAGCAAAGAUGAACGCUGCCACCGUGUAGUACACACCACAGAGAAUCAGGAGAGCCCCGUCGAUUUCACCGUGCACUUUGGAGACUGUGGCCUCGUACACAUUAACGGUUUAGCAAGCUUCGUAUUAGUCAUGCAGAAACAUCCGAAACUGGUAACGUCAAACGCUAAAGCGUUCCAUAUCAAGUGUAUCUAUCAAACGGGCGAAAAGAAUGUUACACUUGCAUUCAAUGUAUCCAUGCUAACAACUGCUGGAACUAUUGCGAACACUGGACCACCGCCCACGUGUUCAAUGAGGAUUGUAACACGUACUGGUGACCAGGUCAGCUCUGCUGAAAUUGGUCAAAACUUAAUACUGCAAGUAGACGUUCAACCAUCUAGUAUUUACGGUGGCUUUGCGCGUAGCUGUAUUGCAAAGACAAGCGAAGUAUCAACGAAAGCAGAAAAUGAGCAUACAGUAACGGAUGCCGACGGAUGCGCUACUGAUGCGGCCAUUUUCGGCGAGUGGGAACGAAGUGAAGACGGUAGCGCUUUACGAGCCUCGUUUAAUGCUUUUAAAUUCCCCAGCAGUGACAACAUUAGAUUCCAAUGUAACAUACGUGUAUGCUUUGGAAAAUGUCAACCGGUAAACUGUCGCGGAUAUGACGCUUUUGGAAAACGAAGAAAGAGAGAAGCUAUCGAUAACGACCCGUAUAACACCCAAUCUAUGGGUAACGAGGGCCAGCUACGAGAGGAGGUGACGGUUGAGUCAAACCCGAUUAUGACACUGGAGCGGCGUGACCCAUCGCGCGUGGCGCGCCAGCGCGACGGCUCCGCGGAUGGAGCAGGAGGAGCAGGCGGCGCGGGCGAAGUGUGCGUGUCGGCCGCCGGGCUGGCCGUCGCGUUAGCACUAACAGCGCUCCUAGCACUGGUGGCCGUAGCCGCCGCCGUCGCGUGUUGGCUGGUGGCGUGGAGACGAGCGCGUCCACCACCUGCGCCGUUACCUCAUCCGCCCGAUUUUCCAAAUCCGCUGUUCCAGCGCUAAACUUACUGAGAUUCGCUAGUCUUGCGCCCCGCUCCUCCGCCGGCGCCGGGCGGUGUCGGCUCUUCCUUCUCCUCACUAGGACUCAUUCUGUGCGCGCCGCCGGAGGACCGUGGGCGAGGGCGCCGCGAGCGCUUUCCCUCGCAUGCGCUCGCCACGCCCUGCUUAGUUUAUUUAAAAUAUCAUAUUGUAAUUUUGUUUAUAUUAACGUGGAAUCGUCGCCUCCUUUAAAUUUUGUGAUAUUCAUAAUAUAAAUAUUCGAAAUCACCAUAAUUGUAUGUAAGUAAAACGAAUAUUGAUUCUAGUGUAAGAAAAUAAUAAUAUUAAUAAUAAUAAUAA